GGCACAGAGCGAGGGAGAGAGCGAGUCAGCCACCAGAGAGGGGCACACAGCUAAGUGGAGAGACUGCUGGGUGUGUCACAGCUUCAGGGCGAGAGAGAGGAAGAGACAGGCCAGUAGCACAAGGUAAUACAUGUGUACAGGGGGAAAUGGGUUGUACAGUAUAUGUUUUAUAUUUGAAUUUUGGGGUUGUAUAGGAAAGGGACGGUACUGUCUCUUUAAAUAGUUAAUUUUUGUAAUACCUUCUGUAUGGAUAGCAGUGGAUUUAAAGCCAUACCCCAUUGUUACAUUAGUGACCCUGUCUGAGAUAUGGGCAUCGUAGAGUAAACAAUAGCAAUAUGUGUGAUGCAUAGAUUGAGUGAAUAGCAGUAUGUGUGGCCAGUUAUAGCAAUGAGAGCCCUUAUAGCAGACAGUUCAUUGUCUAUUUUUUAGUAGGAUAUCUGAGCAGCAACAUAUGAAGCUGAAACAUUGUAUUCAUAAACAUCUAACCCUGACCAUUAGGGUUAAAAUACUCUAAGACAUUACUUAGUCUCCCUGUUAUAUCUAUGUCAUAAAACUCAGAUUGAGCUUUUGAGUGUAAACCUGGAUGUGCCUGUAUAUAUCAGUAUUGAGUAUACCCAGACAGAUUUACUUCCAGCUGUAAUGUAAAGGGGGGGGGGGGAGAGAUUUUGUGAGGAGGAAAGAAUGAGACAGGCUGGGUGUGGAGGUCAGACACAUACUGCUCUUAGCCUGUCUCUCUGGUCCUGUGCCAACCCCAUUCUUCUCACACACACACACACACACACCCCUUCAUUGGUCUAUUAGUCCUGCCUUCCCUAACUCAUUUAACUCUUUGAGCACUAUAUAGUGUGCACAGUACAUUAAUUGCACUCUGAACGGUUAAUCACAGGGUGCGUUUCACUGAUGCCUGUCUAUCUCCAUAUGACUCAUGCCACAUUCUUGUUUUGUUAUGCCAACCAGGCUGAUGCCAAGCAGCCCUUUUUCCCCACGUGUCCCCUCCUCCUACUUGUUUCCACCCAACUCUGUAUUUUCUCCUGUUCUAUUUCGUGCAGAUUCUUUAUAUAUUUUGUUGUCGUCCGUACUCUUAAUUGCUGUUCUGACACAUUUCUUGCCAAUGUCUCCAUACAUGUCUUAUUAUCUCUGUCAUUUACAUACCAUCUCCCUCAGUUCUGUUCCAUGGCAACUCUCCUCCUAUACCCGCUCUACCCUCUUCUUUCACCCCUCCUUGUUUAACAUAAUCCCUUUCUAAUCCCUCCUUCUCUCACACCCUCUGAUCUCAACACUGCAGGCUGUUUUACUCUCAGCUGUGUCUCACAUACAGGCAGGACCUGUCGCUGUCAUUGCUGGGCCAUGGGGGAUGUUAUAUCUACUCACCUGGAUGAGGGCAGGCGUAAUUAUAUAUCAGGUAAGCUCAUACCACCAUUUGCCAGCCUGAUGGCAUCUUGAUUCCUGUCUUCCCUGAAGUAUUACCUGUUUGGCAUUUCAUAUACCCAAACGCCAAUGAGCUCUCCAUUGAAGAAUGGUUUGCUUCUUUGCAUUAAAUCCCUAGUUAAAGAUGACUCUCUCAGAACGGAAUCUGCUUUGAAAACGUUCAUGGUUAUUAGCUAAAUAUGGAAAUUGUCAGGAAUUGACCGUAGUAUGGCAAAAAAUAGAAAACUUUUGGACCUAAUAUUAGCAAUUAAGAUACAGUUUCCAAUUUGUUGAAUAGCUAAAUAAUGUCCGACCUUAUAAGCACGCAAAGCAUGAAUUAUUUACCUGCUUGGUCAGCAAAAGUUCAACUAAUUCUGGCCACGGCGGAGAUCGAUAUCUUGUUUUUAUUUCUUAAUGAGAUUAUUUCAGAGUGUGAUGUUUUCUAAGGUGGGGCUACCUGGUUCUGUAUUCUGUGUUGUUAGGUGAUUAAAGGGCAAUAUAUUGUUUAGAAUCUGGCUCUAUAUACUGUGUAGCACCGUACAACCUUCUCAAUAACAAAACACUUGGAAAUGUAAGUAAUGUUGUACGAAUAUGCUGAAAUAUUUAAUUAACAGUCACAUAAAAACACUAAACACUAAAUUGUAGUGGAUAAAAAUUUGUACUGUAUUUAAUUCCGGAUUAUGUAAAGUAUUGGCUGUAGCUAAAUCGGAGAAUGUUUCCAAAUUAGCGCUUUUUGCCUUGAUUUUAGAGUUCAGUUUUUUUAGGUUUAACUCAAUCAUGUCAAGGGUUAGAUAGACAAUAAUUUUUUGUAUUGUGGUAGUACUGAUAUUUUAGUUUACAGAGCGGUUAAGACUGAAGUUUUAGGAUAAACCAGUUUACGAGGAAUGCAAGAUUGUUUAGAAAAACAAACAUUAAACUAAUUAUGGCGUCUUUCAAAUUCUAAAGAAAAAUGUGCUCAAAUGCCUUGAAAUAAAAUGUAGUUUUAGUUGACACUAAUGCAUAUUGCUCUUGUAAUUGAUACCAAAAGCAUGCUACUGGGAGCAGCCAUCUUGCUUUUAUAGUUAUUUUCCUAAGGUCACUUAGAAUAUGUAAAUUAAGUGCACUUUGGGGUCAUAUAGGACAGUUUGCAUAAUACUAAGACAAUGUUAUCUUUAAAAAAAAUAUAUCUGAUUGGUAUCUAUCUUGUGACAAUGUGACUUAAGAUAUAUGAUGUUGCCUUCUAAAACAAUGUAAUGGACUUGGUCAGUAACAUUUUAUCUCCUAUUAAAUCUGUGUAAAUUGACAUGGGAUUGUAAAUCUGAGACUGGUUUAGACAAACCAGAACAAUACUACAACUCAACUAUUUAAUCUUUUUUAAGCUUGAGUUGUUUUGCCUAAAAUUAAAAUGUUCUAUCUUAUUGUUGGGUUAUAUUACCCUGAGAUUCUGGCAGAGAAUUACCAUCACAUUCUGGAGACAGUUUGCCUACAGAGAGGGAAUGAAUGGAGGUUUGAACCCUGGAGGAACCCAUAAAUAGAAAUAAUAUCUGUAAUUUGACCUAGUAAUUCUAUUAAAUAGCCAUGUGUUUUAUCCUCAUAAUGAAGCUCUACAGAUGCACUCUAUGCAACUUUCACAAAUGCUCAUAAUUACAUUAAAAACUGCUAGUAGUGAACUGUAAGGAUUACAACCGCUAAAGUGUGCAGUCGUGUUUAUGGUGCCAGGAGUCCCCUGUCGCCGUCCCAUGAUAAGGAGUCAAAGCAUUUUCCAACAAUUUGUGGCUAACUUGGUUCCCCUGGGUGCACGCUGGUUGUGUAGGAUAUCACUAAAGUGGAAGUUCCCGUUCUGUUAAAAGGAACACUCCAAGCACCAUAACCACCGCAGCCCGCAAUAGUGUUUUUUUUUUGUUCCCAAGUGUUCUAGUGCCCUCUCACAGUAAGUAGUCAAAAUAUUUAAGAACAGUUUCACAACUUAUGUAGGGUCUUCUGUGCAUCCUUCACCACCUCUCUGAGUUGAAUCUCAAACAGAGAUCUUCUGUUCGCUCCAUUGAGCAUGGUUGGUUCAUCAACUGAGUACUAUCAGCCAGUGAGUGCCUCCAUGCAUCUGCGGGCUUAGCUCGGUUAAAAAGCUUCUGGCUACAGAGGACGCGGUAUUGGGUGCCUAGUGGAGCUCAUGUAAGUCGUCAAAUAAUUUUAAAACUGUUUUACUACUUACUUUGGGAGGCAACAGUGGACUGUACUGGUUAUGGUGCUUGAAGUGUUGCUCUAUUGCAGAUUUGUCACCGUCUGGGGUGACUUUGCCGCUGGGUGUCCGAUAUUUGAGGGUUGCAGGUGAAAGGUGAGUUAUACUUACAUGAACGUUUACCUCUCUGCUGCUACCAUGCUCCUACUGCCCGUCCUCUUUAGCUCUGGUGCGUUGGCGUUCCAGGACCCACACAAUGCCUGAAGGUCUAUGGAGGAUCUAUCAAGACCGUGGGAUCGUCCACAGACAGUGGAUUUUUCCUCUCCGUUAUCAUUCUGUCUUUAGUCAAGCAGAGGAAAAAUACUGAGACAAAGUAGUCCCCCUUAUUUUGUUUAUCAUUUGAUUGCAUUGAAAUUCCAGUGAAAUUCCAACACGGUCAAUGUGAGUAUUUCAUAAAGAUUUUUGUUUAUGAAAUACUUAUUUUGGAAAGAAAUAAGCGGAACAGCGACACAGUGUCCCUUUAAGCAAUAUCAAUUUUGUCUUUAAGUGGAUAUAACUAAUUGCGUGACCGUUUCAGCAUUUUAAAAAAACAGUUAACCCCUUAGUAUGGGACAGUUCUAGGGGCAUUUGGCACCAUAACCAUUACAGCGCACUGUAUUGGUUACAAUGCUUAGCGUGCGCCUUUAGACAGCUUAACUCAGACUAUAGGUGCGUUGGAGAAUUUGACUAGAUUGGCUACAUUUGCCUGAAUUUUUCAAUAUGUUUUACAAUUCCCUGCAGUUCGAUGUUUAAACUAUGGUGUAUCUUGGAAAAAUCAUUGAAAUGUAAUCCUUGCUAUGUCCUUGCAGUAGUGACCGUCUAAUCAUGAAUAUAAUCCCUUGCUUAUUUAUGUCAACUUCUAUCAUAAUUAAGCUACUUAAUUGAGGGGAGGCUCUGUUUAGAGGUCAUGAUUUAUAUAGUAAGCUCUAGUACACCUAAUUCUAUCCACAAUGGGUUAUUGGUUAAAGUAUGAACUGUUAGGAAUUCAGAGUCAAUUUUAGACCGAAGUUGACCUUUUUAGUGUUUUUUCAGUUGGAUUAUUUUGUGUUAAAAUGUAAAAUUCCCUUUGAAUUUGUGGCACUUCCGAGGGCUAUUUACUAUACUGAGAAUUCAAGGUGAAAUCAAAGUGAUUUUUCACAUCAAUGGCUGAAUGGAAAAGCAUAGCAGACUUAGAGAAUGUUUCCACUUUUGAUAUUUGUACCUUAAAUUUAAAACCUACAGUGAUUAAACCUGUUCUUGUGCUCACAGGCAAAUUUCCAUAUUUGUACUGCGCCCUGGAAUCUGCUGGAGACUUUUAAAUACCAUUUGUGUGCUGUAAUACAGACUUAAUGCUUCUGUAUAUGAAAACCUAACUUUUCCAAUCCUAAAUGCUAUAUUUCUUAUGCCUUUCAGUGUGAGGGGAUUGGAGAAGUGGAAAGUUGACUAAUUUUUUUUUCUUUCUUUUUUUUUCCUUUCUUUUCUUAAUGUACCACGUAGUCACAGAGAGAUUUCAGAGGGAGGGGGAGCGGUUGAGCCAGACAUUUUCAUGGGUUAGGGCAGGAUGCAGAGGACGGAAAUGCCGAGGGUAUGGAUGGGGAGGGGGAGGUAACUUUUUUUCUAAAAACUGAAAUUUGAAAGUCAUGGGGUUUGUAGCAAACUCCAAAUUAAUACUUUUUAUGUAUUUAAAGAAGAUUAUGUUCCUUAAGUGACUUGGCAUUGGGUGUAUAAACAAACACUAGUGGAAAAAAACAUAAAUAUCUGCUCAUAUUAAAUCUGGGACCCCUGUAAAAAAAGACAGAAUUUGAGGCUUUAUAUCAUCCAAUAUAUCCCCUGAAAUAUGCCUUCUAAUCAGUGUCCCUAAAUGAAAUCAUGGCAUACAAGGGACCUUUUGAAUGUCGUUUAGCUACCUACUAAGUUACAGAUUCAUGAGCUGCUACAUAUUUAUAUACACUGACAUCACCAAUAAUUACUCAAUUGUUUUAAUCAAUACGUGUACACGUUUCACCUAUGGUUAUUUUAUUUCUAAAGCACCAACAGGUUAUGCAGUGCUGUACAAUGAGUAAACAUACCAGUAAUUGAUGACAUAUUUGGGAAAAAGAUAGUUAACGUAAUAGUGUUGUGCUUAAAAACAUUCUAAUAAUAAAUACAAUUAUUUUACUAUGCUGUGAACUGCGGCAAUUGCAAUUGAAUUCAGCCUGUGUCCAUAAUGCUAAAUACACUUCAUCAUGUCUGUUUAUGAAGAUCUCUUGUCUGGUAUAUCUUUGCAUUCACUGGUGUGUCUGUAGUGUCACCCUGUAUAUAUUUAUGCGUGUGUAUAUCUGUCUUGUCUUGUUCUGGAUAUGUAUAUUUCGGUUUAUAUACUUCCGUCCUGGUUUUUCUUUUUGUAUACAAAUCCAUCUGGCUCUGUAUUUUAGAACUUGCUCGUUUAGCCAUGGGACACUUCGACCAAUGUCUGCUAAUGUCCUAGCACGAAGUGGAUGUUAUAUGUGAAAUCGCAUCUUUUAAAGGGAAACAUUUUAAUAUACAUAUAUAUUUUUUUUUUACCCUAAAAUUGUAACAGAAAUGGUUCACCAUAGGUUGGUUUUCCAGUUACUGUAUACCGUGUACACAAUCAUUUUUCGAAAACUACAGACUGAUUUUGUCAUACAGUGUGUCACCUAAAUGGCCACUUUGAAGGUAUGAAGACCAGCGGUUAUCUAUUGGUCAGUUUUGGCAGCUCUUUAACCGGAUUUAGCCCUCUUAUUGUACGAAUGCUUUGCAUACCACUGCAGCAUUCAAAAAUGUAAAGUGAUAGAAAAUUUCAUACUUUUGUUCGAUUUGAUUAUUUUAUUUAGAUAAUCUCUUAUAGGAUUAUAAUCGCCUCAGUCUAAAUCUCAGAUCCUUCCCACAACCUGACAUCCUAUUUCCUCUGCACUUCGGAUAUACGGGAUACAGUGGGCUUGUGCCGACAUGCAUGUGCACUCCUGCACAACUGGGAUAGUCUGAGAGAAAGUCUUGCUGAUCCAGAAAUGCCUGAGGGAUACAUUGUGUUGUUGAGUGAUCAGCAUGUAGACUUGGAAACAGUUUUAAAUCCACCUUCAAACAUACUCUGUUGGAGUUUUCUUGCAGGUGGUGCGUGUACAAGUAUGUAUGUGCACACGUUCGUUAUCGAGUGUUUUAGUCCUCUCCUCCGUUUUCUAGGUUUCCUCAUCUGGAACUUUGGAGGUCGGGUGUCUUGAUGGUAUAAAAUCCACCUACAGAAAUGUAAACGAAUAUAGACUGCCUUACUCUAUAUAAUUUUGGAAUGUUUUUUUGUAAAUUUAAUAAAAAGAUUUUUGUGGAUGCAUUUCCUUGGAAAUGGAAAUGGAAAUGGUUUAAUGGAAAACCUGAGAGAUACAGUGUGUGUAUGUGUGUGUGUGUGUAUAUAUAUAUAUAUAUAUAUAUAUAUAAUCGUGGUAAGAUAUUUUUAAAUACGUCUUGUUGUUUUUUUUGAAUAGGUAAUGUUUUUGUGGCCUUUCCAGAAAUACAAUUGCAAAAGAACUCUUUGCUCACAGGUACCGUAAUUGAGGUGGUUCUUUGUGUAUAUCUAGUGACUGAUCACUGCAGAUGAAAGGAUUCAUUCUGUUUCUUGUAUUUUGUGUAAACUGGUUGUGUUUGUUUUGUGAGUUCUUCAGAUAUUUGAAGGAGGUGACAUAUUGGGUCCUGCCCUCUGGGUUUGUCACAAUGACAGCUCUGUUGCAAGCAGUAGCUGCAUGUGUGAGCACAUUGAGGUUUGUAUGAAGCAGUUAUGGGCUGCAGAUCUAUGAUGCAACUGAGCCACUUAAUGGAUCCUUUAUCUGGGAAUAUAGGAAACAUUAUAGGGAAUGUUGAAAUAGAGAAAUGAGUGUCUCACCUACGCUGGCAUGAAGGGGGGUUUUCACUGCCUUACGUUCACAUAUGAUCGCACCUCCCAAGUGUCAGUCUGAAGGUUUAAACAGAUCUUUCUAUAUAUCUCCUUCUAAAAAGAGCUCAGAAUUUUUGGAGUGCUGAAUGUAUAAAAAGUUCCAUAGCAAUUAAAAUUUAUCGAAUAUAUAUUUUAACUGUUGAAUUCAGCCUUUAUAGCAGCACCACCUAAAAUAAUUUUCCGACAAGUGGCCGUUGCCGUGUUGGGUGGUAUAGUAUUCUAAUGAAAGCAAUGGAAAAACAUUUGUUGCUACAGACUCACAUCACUGUAUACAGGAGUCACAUCACUGUGAAUGCUGUCUUGAUUAGGACACGUACAAAAGGGAUCUAUCUAGGUCCAUAUCGCACGAGUCUUGUUUUGUGGUGAUGUCGUAACUGGCAACACUUAUAGAAUGCCAUAUAUUGCCUGUGUACUUUGUGAAACUGAUGACCAUUUGCACUGGUUUGUGGCGCGUUGAGAAUGACGACCGUUGACCAGUAGAAGUCCCACUUAGCAGGUAUGGGUUAUAUAGAACUGUGAUAUAGCAUUCAGGUUCAGCUGAAAUGGUGAUUAAAAAAAAAAAAAAAAGUUUAAUCAGUCUGUGGACACGAUUAGCGGGUAGUAAUAGCGUCAUAGCCCAUAGUAAUUGGUCUUUGUUGUUUUUCAUAAAUACAGCUGUCUCAACCUGACUGUGUGCUGACGUGAGUGUUUGGGGGUAAACAAGGGCUGAGAAUUAAUUUGAGAGAAUACAAAGGGUAUAUUCUAAACAUUGGACAUUGUGGAUAAUUGAAAAGCCAAUUACAAAUCUUCAGCCAAAAUGAAUAAUUUGUAAAAAAAAAAAAAAAGAUUCUCCACCUGUGCUAUUUUGGCCUAAAAUUUAAAAGCCUCUAGUCAGUUUUGCGUACUUCUUCUUGUUUGAUUCAUUCAUGCCGGUAUAGUUUAAUAUAGGCAAAAAGGGGAUGUGCGAGGAUGAAACAGGCGAGGCUGUGAUAAAAACAACUAAUCCGGCUCUGAUAGCCAAGGUCACAUGACGCUAGGCCCAAAAUGCACAGCAGGGUUUGUAGAUAAGGCCCAUUUCACACAAUUGCCUUCAUCAUUCUAAAGGAGAGGAAUCUCUCUACAUAAUGCCAGAGGGAGAGAGACAGGAAGACCCCCUGUCGGACAAAACUAGGAUAAGAAAAUUGGGAAUCCAGUAUGUCGUGGAUGGGAGAGGGGAAACCAAAAGGAAAAGUAUCUUCCUGGGCUGUAUAAUUUAGCAGUUCAGGACAUACUGCAAUAUUGGGGAAGUCGCCUUCAUGUUUCUAUCUGUCUGGCAAAAUGUUUUGUUGUUUUUUGCAUAAUAAGUCGUUAUUUAAUAUGUACCCAUUUUAUACAUUUUUCUGCCAAUUUUUCCAACACUGUACAUUUGGUGGUCUUGAGAAAUGUACAUUUCUGUGGAAACUGGCAAAAUUUACCCAUGAAUAUACCCAUCACGUUUUAGAUCAAAAUAAUGAUUGAAUUUAACCACCACAUUCCAGAGCACUUUGACAUAUAUUCUCCAUUGCAUACAUUGCACUAAAUCCCAGAGUGCCACCAGUCAGACACCUCAUGUCCGUUGUGUACAGAGUAAAAGGCUGUAAGCAUAAACUGUCAUAACCCCCAACAUUGGGUUCCUGAAAGACGGGAUGCCGUAGGGUGGGGGCAAAGAUGCCCACCAGGUAGGGGGAUGGUCUGCCUGAAUUACUAAUAGGUCAGCCUGGCAUAAAGGCAUGCCACGUCGCCUUCCAAUUAGGCAGGCCAUCCCACUGAGGGCAGAACACUGUGUUCGUGCUCUAUGCAGGAGUACAGUGCAAGCGCAUCAUUCUACAUGUUUUUGGGGACAGUUCCCUGGUGUCCCACUGACAUCGGGAUCUUUGAGAAGUACGCGCUGUGCAUGGGUUAUGUGAUUAGCCUCACUGUUAUUGUCCAGUUGGAUCAUGGGAUACCCUGCUCUGGUUUGUAGCAAACAAACCAAAGAGUGAUUCAGAGGGAUUUUAAGUUCCUCUUACAGACUGCAAUGUCAUUAUAGUAUGGAACCAAGAUGGUCUCACUAACACCACUGAAGUUAGACUUGCCAGGAAUUCAGAUUAAGGUCAAAUUGAAUAUUAAUUGUAAUGCUUUUUAGCCCAAGAAUGAGCCUAUGUAAUUCUUGCAAUAUUUGGUCAGGACAGCAUGGUACCUACCCCCACUCUCCCCCUGUAAGUUGGGUGUGUGUUAAUUGAGGGGUGACGUCAUUUUACAGAGCGGGCGUGUGGUUGGCUGGGUAUUGGCACAGAGUGUGCUUUUCAUCUCUCGGUGACAGAAUUCAGGGUGGAGAGCUGAUCUUGGCUCUCUGUUUAUUUGUUUUCUUCCUGGGCUGGUUGGGUAAGAUUCUUGCUCUGCGUGUUCCAGCAUAGGCAGUAACAUUGCAGAACUCUUUCCAUAUGCUGUAUAAGUACACUUUGAUAAAUCACCAAUAUAAUAUCAGCGGUGUAUCUUCUUAUUGGACUGUCAGUAUCUCAGGGUCUAACCUGUUGGCUCUAAAAUAAUGUUCGUCUCCUAAAACUGUUGCUAGAUUCUUGCAACCUAAUAUAUAUAUAUUGUGCGUGUCCAUUUCAUAAAGUUUGAAUUACAUUCAGGAUGCACAAUAGCAAAUGCACAGAUGAAAGGAGAGACAAAAAAGACUUUCUUUAACAUUGUAUUGUACACCUAUUUAGUGCUUCAAUGCACGGAGGCCCUCCCUAACAGGGCACCACUUAACUGCCUUCUCACAUGUCUAUCCUGUGUCGACUGUUUGCAGUAAUAAUGUAUGCUGCAAUAAUGAACACGUGAUUAUAUAUUAACUGUCACCUAGCGUUGCCAUGCGUGUGUGUGUGCAUAUAUUAUAUACUAUAUGUUCGAAAGUAUUGGGACAACUGACCAUUAUGCAAAAAGAGACUUUUAUGGCAUUGCAUUCAAUAAUCACAGACAUUAAUAUGUAGUUGGUCCCCUAUGCAGCUCUUAUGCCUUUCCAAAAUAUUUUGGAGUGUUUCUGCAGGAAUUUUUGGCCAUUCAUCCAGUAGAGCGCUGUGAGGUCAGCCACUGAUGCUGGAGGAGAAAGCCUGGGUCGCAGUCUCCGUUCCAGUUCAUCACAAAGGUGUAUAAUGGUGUUGAGUUCUUCCACACCAAGCUCAUCGAACCAUGUCUUUAUGGACCUUGCUAUGUGCACUGGGACACUAUCAUGUAGGGAUAGUAAAGGACCACCCCCAAACUGUACCCACAAAGUUGGAAGCAUAGCAUUGUCCAAAAUGUCUUUUGUAUGCUGAAGCUUUAAGAUUUCUCUUCACUGGAAGUAAGGGCCUAGCCCAAACCCUGAAAAACAGCCCCAUACCACUACCCCUCCUCCACCAAACAUUACAGAUGGCUCAAUGCAGUUGGGCAGGUAUAUAAAUCAUCCUUAAGUCAGUCUGUCCCGUACUCACACAUGUGUCUGUAUGCAGAAAGCAGGCUUUAUUUAAAGGAACACUGUAAUAAAAAUAAAUAUACAUGUACAUAUAAUAUGAGACUGUAUUACGUGUUUUAAAUUUAUAGGCUCACCAUUUUUUUUUUUUUUUUUUAAAGGGGGGGAGGGUGUAUUAAAAAUAACAAUUGCAAUUACACUUGUGCAGCAAUCAUUGUGAUCCACCAGUCCAAUGAUCCUGAGAAACACUGAACCUAUUUUAAGGUGUUUAUCAUGGUUGUAAAAUAGGUGCAGUUAUUCAGUGUUCUUAAUCCAAAGCUUCUAGUGGUUGUCUGAUAUCCAUUAGUAGGUGUGGAAAUUGUAAAAUGUAAACAGUGCAGUUUCUUAUAAGCUGUAGUGUUUUCAAAGAAAUCAGGACCCUCUUAUUCAGAUAUUUGGUUUUAUUUUCUUACCCCAUAAUAUCCAUCUGAGCCCCUAGCCAUCAUCUCAUAAUUUGUAAUGGUAAGCUAAGAUUAGAAUUGGCUAGGGUCAGAAAUAGUGUCAAAGUUUGAUGCUGUCCUGCAUAAACUCUUGAGGGGCGAUUUUAUAUAUAUAUAUUUUUUUUUUAAAGAAAAUUGUGCAAAAUGUCCCACUUUUUUUAUUUUGCUGAGAAACCAUGUUGGGUCAUCACCCAACCUGACCAACUGUUGCUCAGCCUAACUUGCCUGCUGUUUCAGUAUCAUAUAGAUCAGAAGUAAGGGAACAGCAGCAGCUGGUUAGAUAAUAGUAGAGUCUGACUCAACAUGGCUGCUCAGUCAGAUAAAAAAAUUAAAGUUUUAAAAAAGUAUAAACACAUUUGUUUGUGUCCUUUUAAAACUGUUGACAGGGACCCUAUGUGUGUACUUGGCAUUCGUUUUGUGACCCAUUCUAUGUUAUAGCAUUAAAGGAACUGUCCAUGCACCAUGAACACUAUAGGAUAAGGUAGUGGUUAUGGUGCCAGGAGUAAUUAGUCAAACCGUUUAUGAACAGUUGAUCAAUUUACCUGGGUCCCACCAGUUGCCUGUCGCCGCCUUCCCUGCCAUUGGAAGCUCCGGCAAACCCUCUCAGGCUGUGAAUGCGGCCCUUAGUGUCCAGGAUCGGUGGCAGGAGCCUCUGGCAGCAGGGCGGUAGUGAUCGACACCUGACAAGACCCCAGGUAAGUUGUCAGAAUGUUCUAAAAUGUUCUUCUCUCUCUCUCCAUGUAAGUGCAAAAUGUAGAGCUUAUAACCAUCAUUGUAUGGGGCCAAAAUGAAGGUACUUGGUUCCAGUUUAGAGAUAAAUAUAUUUUAUUUAAAUUUGCAGACCUCCCAAACACCGUUUAUAAAAGAUUCUGUAAACUAACUGUUCCCCUUUCAGAAUCUUUCAUUACCGUUAGCGUCAGUAUUGAUGAUGUUUAUAAAAUGGUAGAAACUGUUUCACCACUUGUACCAUGACUGUCCGUGACUUUGCCAGCUCACAAAUGCACGCCUACAGAAGGAAUCCAGUUGGGUCGCUUUCGUCCAAAAACAGUACACCUGCAUGUUGCCAACCUCGUCGUCCUUACAUAUAUCAUUCUAUAUAAACAUAUCAAGAGAAGCGGGCACUGUGAGGGUAACUGUUAUGCCAACCUCCGCCCAUUAUGUCUACAAUACCAGAUUUUCUUUAUACCCUACUGACAGCAGUGAUACCAGAUCGUAUCCUGUAUUUAGGCAUCAUAAAUGCCUUGCAUAUGGGUGUUACCUGCACCACACCCUCCUAUUAUGUUAAAACAUAAUAAAUUGCUAAUAAAUUCUGCAUGCUACUGCUGGUCGGGAUUGGUACAGCAGUAUUGGCGCAUUGUGAAUGACUGUGUUGUUUAAAAUUAGCAACUCUGUUAAUUGCAGACUGUUUGUUUUUAAAUGAUCUAGUGGAUCUCCCUGAUUUCCUAGGUUAGUGUGGAGUCGGUAUAUUUCAGUUUGUUUCUAUGUACUGUGUACGUUUUGACACGGGUAAUGAAGGUGUUAAGACCGCUCAGACAAUUGAGACAGGUCUGGGCCUGUGACAGAAGUCUGUGAUGGCAUUUAUUCUCUUGUCAUUUUGUGGGAGAGACAAGUCACAAUAGGUUCAUUUUACCAUGAAUGGCAUUUGUUUUAAUCUUUUAGAGUCCUCUGCUAUAGUAAGUACUGCUUAUGUCAGCUCAUCUCUUACUUAUGUUGUCGCCUAGUUAACAUGUCCCUUGUGUUGUGCAUGUGUGUAGGUAGCGGUUAUCGUGUGGUGUGAACCAUAACAAUCCCCAAAAUCGCUCAAUUCCCCCCCAAUCAAACUAGGAAACGUAUAUAUGUGGUAUAAAAAAGGCCACAGCUUUAUUUAUAAAUUAACAAACAACUGUAAAUAAACCAACCAUAAAUAAUUUAGGUGUAAGUAUGCUUAUCUUCAAACUAGUCCUUGCCAACCGUACCACCAAAACUCUAGGGUACACCCCCCACCAAGGCAUCGGCCCUCCCCCCUCGUCCAAGAUACCUGGCCUUCACUUUGGCCUUCAAACUCCACAUGCCAACCCCUGGCCACCUUUCCUGGCACGGAGGGCACGCCCAAAUACCCAAAACAUUUUCGAGGUCAGGGGAGGGACCCGACCCAGCAUCUUUCUUUUUCUUUACUCCUCUUCCCAAUAGGUUCGGCAAGGACCAUACCCGCCGGCUGUGACAAGAAAAAAUUGUUAAUGACAAACAGACAAACAACGCAAACAAACAGGGGAGGGAGGGAGGGGACUAGUUACCUUGCCGUUAAAUUUAAGAUGGCUGAGGUAGCAGACAAAAUGUCACCUAUUUAUAUGACCCCACCCUACUCCUUAGCUAAAUCACACACCCAUACUUCCACCACACCCACCACACCCACACAUGCCUCCUAUCCGGCUAGCUUUCAGCCCGCCUCCUCUGGGCCUUGUGUGUAGGUAGCGGUUAUCGUGUGGUGUGAACCAUAACAAUCCCCAAAAUCGCUCAAUUCCCCCCCAAUCAAACUAGGAAACGUAUAUGUGGUAUAAAAAAGGCCACAGCUUUAUUUAUAAAUUAACAAACAACUGUAAAUAAACCAACCAUAAAUAAUUUAGGUGUAAGUAUGCUUAUCUUCAAACUAGUCCUUGCCAACCGUACCACCAAAACUCUAGGGUACACCCCCCACCAAGGCAUCGGCCCUCCCCCCUCGUCCAAGAUACCUGGCCUUCACUUUGGCCUUCAAACUCCACAUGCCAACCCCUGGCCACCUUUCCUGGCACGGAGGGCACGCCCAAAUACCCAAAACAUUUUCGAGGUCAGGGGAGGGACCCGACCCAGCAUCUUUCUUUUUCUUUACUCCUCUUCCCAAUAGGUUCGGCAAGGACCAUACCCGCCACUAGCCCCAGCUGCAUUUACGCCUAAAUCAGCGGGCGCGACCCCCAAGCAACGCCAUGGCCUGUUCCAACGCGUCCUGUAGCGCUAAAUUAAAUAAGUCCAAGCCUACGUCAGUUAGAUGGACCCGUCCGGGCGAAAAUAGAUUGCUGCCUCGCGCUCAAAAAUACGGUGUCGCACUGUUAAGCCCCCGACGCCUAGGACAAAUUUGGAAACCCGCUUAUUAAUCUUGACCCUGCAGCGCUCAAUAGCACCCUGAUCGCGUGCGCACUUCCAAUAGUUCCUAGAAACGAUAUCCGACCAUAUUAAACAAAGUCGUGGAAAAAGCACACGCAAGCGCGCCAAAUCUCGCCUGAUGAGUUCCCCCAGCCCCCACGCAGGCAGGGACCCCAGAUCGUUCCCCCCCAGAUGCACCACCAAGAUGUCCGGGGCUCCUAAUAAAGUGGAUAACUGCACGACCUCCGGUAAUAGCUGACCCCAUCUCAUGCCCCGGAACCCGAACCACCGGACCUCCGCCAGCUCCCGAGGUAUUCCGAGCCGUGUCCCACCCGGGCGUACCCCAGCCCGCAGGUGAGCCCAGUAGAUGUACGAAUGACCGAUCAACCAGAUCCGUCGGCCAGGCCCUGUGGAGAAAACACAAGGGGGACACCGAUCAGACGUGUGGGCCGUACAUAAGACCGAAACCUCCCCGAUUCCCAUCUGCCAAUCCUCUGAAUGGCCUGGUCCGAAAAACCUAAACGGGAGGCUUCAGUUGCGGCCCCAAUUCGAAAAGAAUGUCCCCCAAAGUCUGCACUCGAAAUACCCAGUUGGUCGAGUGCCAACCGAAAGACCCGAAGAAAUUGGAACCGAGAAAGGAAGGAACCGUCCCCAUGAAUUAGUAGAGGGCCCUCAACGUCCGGGCGACCAAGACAAUAAGACUGAAAAGAUGCGACAGGGCAGACAGCCGAACCCGGAAUAGCGCGGAGGGUAACCCAUGCCCCUUUGCCGAAGAUGUCGGUUUUGGACCUUCGUACCAAAAAACGCACUGAAUCCGACACCACAGACACAUCGUUGAACAACAAGCCCCCCGGGAUCCGUUUGCUAGGGCUCACAAGCUCACCGAUUCGAAGGGCGCCGAAAAAGGCGAAAGUAAAAGCCAACUGGAACAAACGUGCCUCCGAAUCUGAAAAACAAACCCUGGGUAAGACCGACGCAAUGCCUACUAGCAGAGCGCCAGAAACCGGCCUCCGAGAAUCCCGCAGGUGUGGGCCCUUGCGCCAGCCGCGCAUCGCAAGCCGAACCAUGCAGUCCUUGGUAACGUCAGGCACCUUAGUCAAGUUGAACCAGAAACUAAGACCGGAUAGCUUCCCUGAAACCGUAGCCGGAGAACACCCGCUAGCCUCCCAGAACCAGAGCAACCGUAAGAUCCCCUGAACCCUUGCAGAGGUCGAAUCAAACCCACCUAGGUCUUGUUCCAAAGCAACCCAGUCCCCCCAUGCCUUACCGUACCGAACCCAAGUUGCCUCAGACACCGAAGACCGAAUCCAUUCCCUUAUCCGCUCAGGCCAAGGGACCAUAAGUCUCUGGGACAGGGGAGGCCUUCCGUGUCCGCUUCCGGCGCGGCCAAACGAAACACCUGCCAGUGGAAACGAGAAAGAGCAUCAGCCGUGGUAUUCUCCACACCAGGGAUAUGCACAGCGCGGCAAGUCACAUUAAAAGACAGACAUUGUAAAACCAAGCGCCGCAAGAGCCGAACUACAGGAGGGGAGGAGGCCGUUAGCCUAUUAAUGGCUUGUACAACGCCCAUGUUGUCACAGUGGAACACAACACGCCUGUUCUUGAUCUCUGGCCCCCAAAGAUGGAUAGCCACCACAAUGGGGAAGAGUUCCAAGAAAGCCAUGUUCUUGGUCAGGCCAGAGGUGAACCACGAUUCGGGCCAGGGCUCCGCACACCAUUGCCUUCCCAUGAUAGCCCCAAAGCCCGAAGACCCCGCGGCAUCCGUAAACAGGUGCAGCACCGAGUUCGUCACCUCGGGCUGCUGCCAGUAGGACCUGCCGUUGUACCCAUCCAAAAAGACUGCCCAUACUGCCAAGUCCUCCCUGAGCGCCUUGGUCAAGCGGACGAAGUGAGACGGUUUCAAAAUCCCAGCCGUAGCGGCCGCCAGGCGCCGGUUGAACACCCUGCCCAUCGGCAUAAUCCGACAGGCAAAGUUCAAUUUGCCCAAUAGGGAUUGAAGUCGCUGCAACGUAAUUUUUCGCAAAGUGGUCGCCACUCGCACCACCUCCCGAAGAUCAGCCAAUUUAUCCAAUGGAAGCCGACAUUCACCAACAACGGAAUCAAUCUCGAUCCCGAGAAAGCACAGGCACGUAGAAGGGCCAAUUGUUUUUUCUGGUGCCAGCGGCACUCCGAACUCGCAAGCAACAUCCGCUACUGCUUGCAGGAGGUGCGCGCAUAUCGGGGAGCGCGCAGGGCCAACACAGAAAAAGUCAUCCAGGUAGUGAAGCAAGGAAUCGUAACCGGAUUCCGCUCUAACUACCCAUUCCAUGAAGGAACUAAAACAUUCGAAGUAAAAACAGGAUAUCGCACAACCCAUCGGGAGGCACAUGUCCACGUAAUAAUGACCUUCGAAUAUACAACCCAGGAGGUGGUGGCACUCCGGGUGAACCGGUAGGAGGCGAAAAGCCGACUCAAUGUCCGUUUUUGCCAUAAGUGCCCCGGGGCCAGCAGCCCUGACCAUAUCCACCGCCGCGUCAAAGGACGCGUAGGAAACGCGGCACAAUUCAGCGGCAAUGUCAUCAUUCACCGAGCCCCCUUGAGGAUGCGAUAAAUGGUGAAUCAGCCUAAACUUGCCUGGUUCCCUUUUGGGUACCACACCCAGUGGUGAAACCCUCAAAUCGAGUAGUGGAGGCUCUCGAAAGGGGCCCGCCAUGCGACCCAGCGCUACCUCCUUAGCCAAUUUUUCCCUUACCACCCCCGGGUGAUCGGCAACUGAUCUCAGGUUCCGGCAGAAGCCGGAGACCUGCCGGGCCCGGUGAGGGAUCCAAAACCCUUGUCCAAAACCCUCCAAUAACAAGGCAGCCGCCUUCUUAUUGCUAUAACGCUUUAGCCAAGGGCGCAUCGCGUCUACGUCCACCGGCGUCCUCGCCCUUAGCGCCCAUGGCAUCUCCUUUGUCGCCGGUCCUACCUCGCUUGAAGCAUUUUGAUGCUGGGUGGGAACCGCCGCACCCGGAACAUUCAUGCUUGAAGCGGCAGGCGGAACCGAACUUACAUUGGCCGUCGUUAUAUUGCCAACAGUACCCAGUCCUCCGCUGAGUGGCCGACGCUGAAGAUGAGGACCCAGCGCCGGCCCCCCCAAGAAAGGACGAAAGGCCCCCUUGAUGCGAAGCUGGGCGGGUCAUGAUGGCCAACCACAAGCCGAUAUCCAUUUGAUCCCAACUCGUGGAAGGGCGAACCGCCAAACGUUGGCGGAACUGUUCAUCAUACCGCCACCACCCUAGCCCGCCAUAAACCCGACAGGCAUUCCAUAUCAUGUCCUGGUAGCAAAAUAGGGAAGAGCAUUUACUGGGAGUCUUUUCACCUAUCACGCUAGCUAGGAUAGAAAAGGCCCUAAUCCAGUUACCAAAAGUUUUCGGAAUCUUCCGAUACCGAAACUUCUCUUUGUCUUUUUCAGACUCUUUUGCAUCUGCAUCCACCCGAGGAAGAUCUUCCAAAGGGAGGAGGGAAAAAAUUUCAACAAAUUCUCCUUUUUCUAUUUUAGCCCUCAAAUCAGGCGUCAGAUGGAGGCCCAAAGGGCCUGACCAGCACAUGUACGCUGCCCCAUGCGCAGCGGGUGCUACCCCUAAACCCGAGACAACCGCGGUGACCCCCGUAGGACUCGCUGAAGAAUCAGCUGUUACUAGCGGAGGCGCCGCAGCCAGAGGGAUGGUGACCUGCGUAGAAGCGUCGGGUAACGCUGCCGCAACCCCCGCAACCUCACAUCCUGCGGAACUAGCCCAGCCCGCCCGAAGCUGGCUAUCCACGGCCGUUGGGGGGGGAGCCCCAGGGCGAGAUCCCCGCUCAAAAGUUACAAGAGCAUUCCUUAUCGCUUGGAGCACCGAACCCCAUUCUUGCGACUCGCGUGCGCCAGCGCCCCCUGAUUCUGAUCCGGCAAAAGCAGAAUACUCACCGGCAGGAGCCGAAUUGGAGGGUAGGAGCGGAACCGCGACUUGCGAGGGAACUGCGACCGCAGGAAGCACCGCACCAGACACAGCGUCAGGGACCCGGUUAGCGAGCUGACCUGGAAGAAUCUGCGAAGACAGGACAGGUGAGAAAAAACCCGACCCACCCGUCCCAGGUGCUGGAAGAUGCGCAGUAGGGGGGUCAACCCUGGCAAAUUAGUAGAUAGGACAGGGGCACCAGAGGGUGGGACAGGGGAACCAGGGAUUGGGAUAGCCAUGCCUGAGGUAGCCCCAGGGGGGUUACCAUGGGCCCUAGGUAAAGGUGGGAGGGGGAGGGGGGAAUACAAGUGGGUAGGCUGGACGGAUGAGGGUAGUGUGAGUGGCUGGACGGAUGAGGGUAGUGGGAGUGCAGGAAAGGCAGGCCCAGGGGAGACAGAGGGGGGAGAAGGAGAAGGGGGGGGGGCUGUGACAGUUGAAAGAUGGGCCUGGCGCUGGGCCCCUACCCCCCGAACCCCCCAACCCCCUCCCGAAAUCCCCGGUGGCCUGCGGCCCACUUACCGCCCUGGAAGGAGAGGUGGAUGCAGGCCCAACCUGUGCGCGCCCUGCCCGAGAUCCGGAGGGGGCAGAGCGCAAAUCAGGCACCCGGCGCGCCGGCCGGGCUGGAUUAGCCGACCGGGAGCUCGCGGCCGCCCUUCUGAGGGCCCGCGAGCCGAUGGUAAGAGGUCCUGGGCGGCUGUCACCUCCCCGAGCAGCGGCCGCCAGACGGGCACUGCGCGACCGCCUCGGGGAGGAGGAGAGAGGCUGCAGAGAUGUGCCGGCCGCGGCCACAUGAGAGCUGGCGCGCGUGCCGGCACUGGGGAUCCCACUCCCGCCCCUCACCCGGCCCUCUCGCGAGGAGCUCGGGGAGGAGACAGGAGGAUGGCUGAUAGCUGCGCCGGCCGCGGCCGCGUGGGAAGCGGCCCGCGGACCGGCAGCCUGACUCCUGCCUCCAGCCCCUACCCGGCCUGCUCGCGAGGGGCUCGGGGAGGAGACAGGAGGAUGGCUGAUGGCAGCUCCGGCCGCGGCCGCGUGGGAACCGGCCCGCGGACCGGCAGCUGUGCUCCUGCCUCCAGCCCCCACCCGGCCUUCCUGUGAGGGGCUCGGGGAGGAGGCAGGAGAAUGCCUGGUGUCAGCGCCGGCCGCGGCCGCGUGGGAACCGGCCCGCGGACCGGCAGCUGGGCUCCUACUUCUGGCCCCCACCCGGCCCUCCCGUGAGGGGCUAUAACGGGUGGGGGGACGCGCCCGGCGGCGCGGAGCUCCAUGGCUGCCGGGAGGGGGAGCAGCUACCACGGAGGCACCCUGCAGCCUUGCCAGCUGGGCCUGCAGGUGCCUGCCACCGUCCUGGAGGGCCUCAGCCCUAAGGGCAGCAAGGAUGCCUUCAAUAUCCAUGCUCCUGGCCGUGAGGUAAGCAAAGUAACUACGGGCUAGCACAGGGGACUAGUUACCUUGCCGUUAAAUUUAAGAUGGCUGAGGUAGCAGACAAAAUGUCACCUAUUUAUAUGACCCCACCCUACUCCUUAGCUAAAUCACACACCCAUACUUCCACCACACCCACCACACCCACACAUGCCUCCUAUCCGGCUAGCUUUCAGCCCGCCUCCUCUGGGCCUAGUUUGAUUUUAUUUUAGUGUAGUGCAUGAUUUUUCAGUAAAAACACGUAACAAGACUUUUUUUUUUUAUAAUUCUUUUUUUUUUGGCCGUGUGUCCCUAAUCUGGCCCUUUCAUUCUGCGAGCCUCUCUAAUAUCAACAUUUCACUCAACACGUACUCGUAAUGAGAUUCUGUCAGAAGCGGUAACAUUAUGAAAUUGCAAUCUUUUUUUCAACUACCCCCAUGCUAUCCAGAACUACCCAUCGGAAUAUACCGUAUGUCCCUACAAGCAGAGAAACUAAGUUCUAGAAUGUUUAGAGAACAGCCCAGUUCUUAAGAAGCCUGUCUAAUCACAUUUGACUGCAGUGCAUAGGCAUUUAUUUAACGUUGCUGCAGAACAAUGUACAAGGACUCACAUAGCAAACACAUGAGCUGUUCGUCACAUAUUGACCUCUAAAACCUGUUAGCAGUGCUGACGUUGUUUCUGCUGAAACAGGUGACUUGAUGUGCUAGUGUCACCUUGUUGGAAGGUAGUACAGUACUGUGGAGUUGCAGAAGCCUUUAGGGGGCUCACAGCCUUGCCAUUGUGUUGCUAAUAAGUAGUGGUGGUGGGGAUCUCUUUUCCUCUGGUUUACAUAAUGUAGAGAGGGUGCAUGAUAUGACCUUACAGAGAUGGUAGUUUGGUCUCUUAUGGAUUGCUAUUGCACGUUGCCUGGUAGUUUUUUGCUGUGCUUUCUCCUUUGUUGGUCUCAGAGAAAUAUUUAUUGCUUGUGAAGUUUAGAGACACUGCAUUUUCACUUCAUUAUUUGUGAAUCAAAGUUUAACAUUCUGAUUCUGUAGGCGGCUUAGAUGGUACAAAUGUGCCGACCUUCAGAAAUUCAGAACUCCGAUGUCAUAAUUGUGUAACGUUUUGAUGACCUCCCAGAAAUAAUGAAAAACGACGACCGUGAUACCGGUAUUGAGAAUAAAAACUAUUUUAUUCUUGAGGGCUGUUUUGGAAUUCUGUUAAAACACUGGAGGUUACCUUGCAUAAAAAGAGAAUUUAUUUGAAUAAUGGAGAAUUUCCAAGGGGAUGUUUGCAGAAUGGUGAUGAAGUUUGAAGAUGUUGGGGCGCUGCUCCCCUAACUUGUGGGGCUCUAGUCAUUUAACCCCAUGAGAUUUCAUGCCCUCUUCAAAUCCAGCUGCAUUUCCACUCUUCAAUAAAGAGAAGAACGGACACUGCAGAUAUACUCAUGACACAUUUUUUUUUUUGGAGCACACAUGUAUCCGUAGUCCUUAUGCCAGUAGAUUUGAUUUUUGAUUAAAAACUGGGAUGCUCCUCUACUAGUCACUCUUAUUCUGAUGGUUUUAUCCAGGGUUUGUGACUAAAUGAUUACUAAAAAAGACUGGACGUGGCACAUUUUGUCUACUUUUGCAAAUGGUAUGCCAUGAUGGGGGGUGAUUUUCAUUCUUGGGCUGCCAUAUGGUCUCAAAGACAACAGAACCAAUCUUGCAAAUUUCAAUGUGCAAGAACUGAAAUGGGGAAAGCCCUAUAUUUGACCCUGUAAUUUCCGAAACCCCAUAAAAUCUAUACAUGGGGGGGUACUGUAGUACUCGUGAAUACAAAUAUGUGUGUUUUAUUGCAGUAAUAGCUAAUUAUAUUCACAGUUAAAAUGCCACGCAGAACUAAGAAAAUAACAUUUAAUUUCUUGCACUUUUGUAGAUUUUAUUCAUUUAAAAUCAUGUUUCAUAUAUAAAUAUAUGAUGUGAAGCGAAAGCCCUGUUUCUCCUGAACAAAAUGACACAUAAUAAGUGUGGGUACUCUUAAUACGAAAGAGGUAAAUUAUAGUUGAACAGACAUAGGGCUCAAAUUCCAGGUUUUGUUUCGGAUUCAGAACUCGGACAAUUGCCUCCGUCCUUAAGGGGUUAACAGAAGCUCUGAAGGAAUCUAUCGCAUACUUCAGGUUUCCAUGGACACCAGAGGAGUCACUGAGCAGUGCCUUGCAGCAAAAUGCAGGCCUCAGCCGCACCUUUGUGCUUGGUGGACUGCACCCUACAAUUGCCCAGGAUGGAUUUGCCACCUCUGGCUAGUGAAGUGCUAGAGAAAGGAUUGGAUUUUCCUUCUAUUCUUUCUUUAGAGAGAACGUUCUGCCUAUCUGGGCUCUGUACUGAAGGAAUGUAUUCAUUGCAGUAAUAGACAGUCCACUGUUUAUUAAAACACUAGCUGGAAACGGCAGAGCCAGUGAUAACCCUUUUAGUGCUAGUAGAUGUAGUUGACACCUCUACACACACACAAAUAAUAUCGAUUCUGGUGCAACGUGCUGUAUUUGGAUCACUUAGUAGCAAUAUUCCAUUGGUUUCUAUGGAGACUGCUAAAAUCUUAUAGUAAAUAAUGUAGUAAAAGCACUUACCUCAGAAGUACUCCCGAUUCAAGAAUGAUUUCGCCGCCGCCCUAUGAUGCCUUCAAUGUGCUCAUGCGCUCUCAGGCAUCUACAGAGAAAUGCUGUGCAAGUAAAUGUAUUCUUAGUUAUUGCUUUUGUAGUGGCGUAUAAACAUGUGCAGUGAGUUAACUGAAUUUGCAUGCAAUGACCGCAUUUAAAAAAAAAAUUAUUGGAAUUUUAAAAAACAUUUCAAGUAAUAUAACAACUACAGCCUCCUGUAGUGGUUAUGGUGGCAGGAGUGCCCUAAACUCUGCCAGGGUAAGCAGUCAAACUGUUUGAGAAUAUUUAGGGUUGCCAGUCGCCGCCUCCUCUUCAUACGGAAGCUUCUGCAAGGAGUACAAAUUCUCACAUGUGACAGAGCUGAAUAAACACUGGUACACAGACAUAUAUACAUGUAUUAAACGGAAAAUGAUGAUUGCUACGCAGUGAGCGGAAUCGCAAAUACAUCCAGCACAGCGCUCUUCCGUUUGCGCGGUGGCAUAGUGUUAUGAUAAUCCCACUUGUUGCUAUUGGGGAGUUGGGAUGUCAAGACAAGAGUACACAUUUUCAGGACUGUACUGUCAAAUCCAGUAAUGUUGGGAGGUAUGCUUAUCGCCUGUUUUACUGGCCUGACAACUUCAAUUCUUUCUUCUUUGUCCUUUCUCAGUACUCUAUUAUACCACAUUAACAAAUACACAAUAUAUACCGUAAUCUAAUAAAUCUAUUCAGAAAACUUUAUUGACUUUUAAUCUCAGUGCUCUAUUUUCCAACUUUUCAUAUAUGUAUAAAUGUGAAGCGAUGACCAAAAUUCUAAAUAAAGUGGGCAGCAACAUACAUAAAAAGAGCGACUUUAUCUCCUGAGAUUCAAAACUUCAAAUAAUUGUAUGUGUGCUCCAAAUACAUAAAUGAAAUGGGAGGAAGUAGAUAAAAUGUAUAAAAAAAUAUAUACCUUUUUAAUAAUAAAAAUCGGCUUAAUAAGAACAGCUCAAUAAAUAUAUUCCCACAAUCAAUGUAGAUCUAUUCAGGAUUAAUAUAUCUCUAAAAAUCAGACCUAAAUCACAGUAUGCAAUGUAUCAAAAAAUGUCAUGCAAUUCUAACCACAAAAUUCGUUACAGAAACCUUGCUACAGUUUCAAGUAAUAUGAAGCAGCAUGUAGCAGCCUAAAGUCAGAGGUUAAUGCCACCAAAAAAGGGAGGUGGGGGGCAGACCUUCUAAAUCUUGCAAUAGUGAAAACGAUCUGCACAACACCCUCCUGACUUAGUGUAAAACAAAAUAAGAGGGAGAUAUAAUAUAAAAUAAAAUAAAAUAAAAAGCUGGUAAAUAACAAAAAGGUUCUCUCGAAAGCGAACACACAGCUUUCUCGUAAUCUACACACCCUCAUCUCACCCCUGCUUCCUCCUGGUGACUUUCUAUAAUACUGCUCAUCCUAAUUUCUAACUCCUUCUACUGCAACACGUUCUCACUUCCAGUCUAACUUUGAAUCCCUGGUAGUCUGAGUGGGUAGAUGGACAGGCCUGAUCUGCAUUGUAUUGUCUGUCUCUUUGUGACAGCGUCACCUUGCAUAACUUCCCACCGUAUCACUUGUAACAUGGUAAGGCUGUGCAUGCGCGUUUUUCAAUAGACAUACAAGCAGAGGACAUAAACACGAAAAAGCUGGCCCUGCACUGGGACAUCAACUCAUCCUUCUGCAGGUCGCUACCAUGAAACUAGUCUAAAUUGUACUUUCCAAUAUUUUAUGUGCUCUCGGCUAACUACAUAAGCACCAGUGUUGUGUGAAGCACCCUGAAUAGCGGUGCUAUAUGAGAGAUGUUAAGUAAAUAAACAGAUUUUAGUGUAAGUAUUCUCCACACUAAGUUAUUUUUUUACCUUGACCUUUUCCAUUUGCUAACAUUUUUUGCAUUCCUUUUUAGCUGCCCUCCAGAUAGCCCUCCACCCACACGCUCUGCACACAUCUUUACCUGUAAUGAACUAGUGAUUUUUCCAAGCUUUGGCCUGGACUGUCAAACACAGGAUUAUGCUUUCGGUCCGCUAGCCUCACUCGCCCUACGCCGUAGGUGUAUCUAAUGUAUACACUGCACUUGUGUAUCCUGACAGCGGUCUGUAAGUGUAAGUAUGCUAGGUCUGUGUAUGUGAAUUUUCGGUGAAAGCUAAUUAUAGAAAAGUGUUAACCAAUAAACUACAAGUCAAUUCUUAUUCUUGCCUCGAGUGAUUCUAGCUGUGUCUGCCGGACGAGGCCUAUGAUUAGCCAGAAGGUUUGUCUGGAGGUGUUGGCUCAUGCCAGCAAAGGAGACUAAAAGUUUUUAAAUAUAUGUAGCUCGGACUCACAUGUGUUAGGAGUUAUAUGUGCUACUCUCGGCUUACCACUGGCUAACAGUUACACAUACUAAGGAACGACCACCUACUAACUCACUGUUACUCAUAUUCUCGUCCUUUCACUGACUGACACUGAGGACUCUCUGCCUCCCAUUGGCCAACAAUGGCAAAACUAAGCACAUGGCACACACCACAUUGAUGGCAGUGGUAUGCUCAGCUCUGAUGCACCCCACUGACCGACAGAAAUGAACGACUCUGCCUCUGCACUGCGUAAAACUAAAUGCUUACUAGGUUUCUGGCACAUGUGCAUUCGAUCGGCAACAAAGGACAGAAAUUUGGCUAAACUGUGGAUCUUGAAAGAGACUGACACAGUGCAAGAAGAAUAUUAAAAAAUAACAACUUGAUAGUGCCACUGAUGGCAGCACAAAGGCAGGCCCUAAAACCACAAGCCGUUUGAAGUGGUUGUCUGUUCUAUAUCAUACUGUGGUUUUAUAGAAGUUAAGAAACUGGUCCUGUCGCUACCAAGUAUAAAUAUAGUUGGCAUGCACGCAAGUCGCUGCGUGUGGUUUAUUCCUGUUUGUGCACCGAGCAUGCUGCGUAUUUUGCUUUGCACAGUAGCAGAACUGUGUAGCACAAAGCCAUCGUACUUUUGCAUUGCUUGACAAACGACGUGUAUCCAUGUUUUAUAUCUAAUCUGCUGCCCCUGCUCAUAGGCUGAUCAUGGGAUUGGGAGCAGAUGUCUUGGUGAGUCAGAUAGGGGGUGUUGGUGAAUCACUUAAUACAAUCCACCCUCUUCCUGCAUCAUUCACUUCUCUCACCGCAGAAUCUUUCUUGGGUAUCACACGCACAGAAAGAAGGAACUCCUAUCUAUCCGGCAGUUUAUAAACAUGCAGAUCAUAUGAGUGUAGCUGACACAUAAAUGUUCAAAAUUAAUGAUUGUCCGUAGAAUACAGAAUCUGCCAGUGUCCUGUUCAUUCCAACACUUCAUUGUAACACAUGGGCUAUCUGCAUCUGUCACUGUAAUCUGUAAACUUUAUAUUAAUUUGUUAUGCUGUGCCAUGAUAGAAAACGUUAAGGAUGUAGCUUUUUGGGUUUGUCCAUUAUAAUGUAUUGACAAGGAGUCACCUUUUGAUUUUGGCAAGAUCUCGUUUUUAAAGAUCCAAACAUUGGAUUUCAAGGUGAACCUACCAACAACGUAAUAAUUAGAUAUUCAUUUAAUACAUAUAUUGUGCAGGUCAAAUCAGUCAGCAAGAAAAUUGAAAUCUAAAACAAUAUAUUUAUCUUUUCUUGCACAAUUCCUAGUUACGUGAGCAGAUGCUAGGAGUUAGGGUUGCCUAGUAAUAUAUUAAUAAUAUGGUUAGUAAUAUUUUAAUAAUAUGGUAAGAGCCCAUUCACAACCAGCUGAAACAGACUGUGCAACAAUCUCAGACUCUCUCUAGAGUUGGAGUCAGGAGGGUAGAGGACGCGCAAGUUAGACAGCAAGGAAAAAGCAAAAAUGCCCCCCUGAGACGUCACUGAUCAAGUUGGCAAUAAAAAAAAAGGCACAGAGAUGUUUGCAAAUCGCCACAGUUAUAUGGUAUUCUAGACAGGAAGACCAGGCACUGUAUGGUCAAUUACCUAUUCAAUGAUGCCGUGUUAUUUUUGUGCUUAGUGAUUUUUUUUCUGUGUAUGUGCUUGUGAUUUGGCUAGCAAAAUGUGUAAAAUAUUUCUAUUCUUUAUAAAGUGACACCAAGUCAUAUUUGGCAAGCCAGGUGUAAUGUAAAGGGACACUAUAGGCUCCCAGACCACUUCUCAAUGAGUGGUCUGGGUGCACUGUCAUUGUCCCCUCAGCCCUGCAUUGUAACUGCAGUUUCAGAGAAACUGGAUUAACCAGACAGCCACUAGAUGCGCUUCCAGCUGUUUCAAAGAGUUUAACUAGGUGAAACAACACGCUUUGCAGGAGCACAUCAAGUCUUCAAAUCACCCAAUCCAAGGCCUAACUCGCACGUGGCAUUCGCUGCACAUUCGGUUUCUCCUCUGCAUAGACUUCAGAGGAGUGGAGACAGAGGGUGCAAAGGGACUUUUUAACCCUUUAAUUGCCACUUGGAAUAAAACGUAUUCCUAACACUAUAGUGUUCUUUUAACAUUUGGCUGUCAAGAGAUUUCUCAGAUUUUACUUCGCCAGAUCCAGGCGCAUUGCACCCACAGAGCUGUGGUCUUAGUUUACAGCCAACGGCAACUUUUAUUUUAUAUAAAUCUUUACGUCUUACCUGUUUCCUGACUCUAAAAACUAAAAAAAAAUAAAACCUGCCUUCAAAAUUCAGUGGAUUUAUGUGUGCGGCGUUAACAAUCAAACCACUUUAAAAUAAUUGCUAUAUGUUUUUACUGGGUUUUACCUUUAUUUCCCAAUUGCCUAAUAUUUUACAACCCCCACCCUGACUGCCAAGCAUCAAGGUACAUUUUUGCAGCUUUUUUUGUCAUAUAGAGAUUAAGGUAUUUUCUGUGGGCUAGGCUCUUAAGCCAUCAACUCACCCAAUAUCUUAACCAGAAUGUGCUGUCAGUAAUUUAGAAAACCUUGGGGGUUGCACCUGUCUUUCUUUUUUUUUUUUCUUUCUUGACAUUGGAAAGACAUUUAACUCAUCAAUUUUUUUUCAUCGCCCUACCCACUAUGAUCCGGAGCACAACUGGAAUUUGAAACCAGGAAUAAAUCCUGUGUUUUUAGGCAGGGAAUGGACAGACUGAACGGGCCAUCAGCUUUUCAUUCUGUGGUAUGUGUAACCCUGAUUGUACUUGUUGGCAACAGUUAGGAGUCGAUGGCACCCCACAUGUUGGAACCACAAAUAUUUAUUUAUUUAUACAUUUUUUAUUUCUCAUCUUUAUCUUACUGUAUAAUAACCUAUUGAACUCUGUUAACUAUGUCCACCCCUUUUGAUUGAUUUAUUUAUUUUAAGAAAAAUCCCUUUAAAUAGUAAAAAAAAAAACCUGAAUCCAGCACCAGGUGAGAUACUACUUGUUCGUUUUUACACCCCGUCUGUCGUCAAGCUGUGUCGCUCCAAGUUUCAAUGAAAUGCUUCUCAUAGAGAAGCAUAUGUUUGGACCUUCUUCUCUGGCUUAGAGCGCGUGUGCACGUUCCGAGGUGGUGGUGGACAAGGGGUGGGUUUUAAAUUAAAUAAAAAAAAAAAAAAAGAUAUAUAUAUACGGUAAAUGCAAGGAUGGAGAAAACACUGAAGCUUACUUUUGCAGGCGCACUAACAGCAUGGGUAGACGCUCAUAACAACUGUCUCCAGCACGCAAUGCGCACUGAGGACAGACAUUUUAGCACAGAAUGGACAUUAGGCAGCUCAAAACAAAAAGCUUAUAAGCUGCACAUACGGAUUCCUUGCUCCUUGGCCCCUUCUAAAGGCAGAAGUGGUCAUGGAGCUUAGGAUAACCCUUUAAGUCUAAAGACUGGGUGUUAGGAAUUAUAGUUUACACAUCGUGUUCCAAUUUUAGCCGUCAAUUUCUUACAUCAAUGGGUAAGUCCAUGCUUCUUUAAUUUUCCAGGUUUGAGGAGUUUGAUGGGAAAUCGUUUUCAUAUGAGCGAAAAGGUUGACAUGAAUACUUAGUUGGGGGGGGGGAUUGGAUGAAAAACAUUGCUUUUGUACAGUGUGGCAAGCUGAUGUCGUCUUUGCCUUGUUUGACUGUAACUGCAGACCUAACCUGACUUUAUCCCCAGCUGUGGAUAAUUUUCUUUAGAAGGAUCACAGAUUGCGACCCAUAUGGAUUUUGUUAUUCUCAGUAGGCUGUAUGGCAUCUGCCUCUUCAAUAUGGUGCCUAAUUUGAAGACUUGAAGGCUUAGACUACAACAGAGGCAAUAGAUAUAAUGAUACACAAACUAGGGAUAACAUAUUUUUGUGAUGUAAUUUUAGGAUACAUCUGUGUCACACUUGUAGAGCUCUCCUCUCGGUCUUCUGAUUUAGUCCAUAUGUUCUCUGGAUCCACCAGUCAACUUGUGAAGUUGCUUAGUGCACUGCUUCUUAAGCUUUUUUUUUUUUUUUUAUUGUGACCUUGAAUGGUCUUAUGAUGAUGUUGGAUAUGGAACGCAUGGUACUACUCCUAAAAAUAUACAACACAAAUUAUUAUGUCAAUUUAUUUUCUUAUUCUAUGUUUUUCAUAGUUCAGAAACAUUAAUCCAAUAUAACGAUGGCCAUUUCCUACCACUUUCCUGCCUGCUCCGCAAGCACUGAUGCACCUUUUGUCCAUCAAAUUAAAUAGUUGUGUUGGGAGUGCGACACUGUUAUAGGUUGGCUGCCGCCUCCAGCCUGACCUCCUCCACACGUGCAGUAUCCUGCCUUUUCAUAUUUCAGCGCACAUGACAGGAAGUGAAUCUCCAGGACUGCAAGUGCAACUCUAACUGAGAGGAUGGCGUGUGACAGGUGUGUGGAGAAAAAUGGGGAGAAGAAAAGGAAAAGAAUUUCACUUGAAAAAACAUUUCCUGUUCUCUCCCACGCUACUUCCUUAUUGGCAGAGAUCCAAGAAUUUAUUUUAGUUAUAGACUGGCAAGUGAUUUUUACAAAAUUAUAUAAAAAAAAAAAAUUCCAGUGCUAAAAUUAUAAACGUAUUUGUUUUCUUGAAUAAGAGUCGGAGCAAAAUAAACUAGGAUGGCAAGAUGACUUUCAUCCUCAUUUGCUUAGAGGGACUCUCCAGGCAUUACAUUUCAAGAAUGCAUCUGAUUAUAUCAUUAUGACUUUUCAGUUUUGGCAUAGUGUCAACUGUUAAUUUUCUCCUUCUUCGAAAUAUGCUAAAUCUUCUUCCACCAUUGCAAAACGCUUCAAAGUAGAACCAGGAAAAGUACAUUUGGAAGCAUUCCCAUAAACUCCUGCAAAGCAAAUUAUGAUUGUCGCACCUAAAAAUUAAUCUAAUGGAGACCCCUACACUUCCGUGAACUUCCAUGAUGCUUUGCCAGCAUUUAGAAUGACAAAACAUCUGGGGAACAAGCUUUUGCGAUGGUAGGAGUCCAUCAUAUAAAAAUCACACUGUGCUAGCAUUGAAACCAAUAGGAGGACCAGGAUUUGGGCACCGGAUUUCAGGAACUGCCUGGAUGAUUUGGGGGAAACCGUGGAGGAGCGAGCAGGUCCUUGGAAAUUGCUGCAAAUGAGCAACUUUAAAUCGGCACAGUAACCUAUGAGUUCUUCAAGAGCAAUCAAACGAUAUACAUCUUACGUAUGUGACAAUGUUUGGGGAAAACUUGUCAAUUGGCAAAACUUUAACCAGGUUUCACUUGCUGUAUGUGGCUUCUGUUUACCUGCCAUCACUCACUGUGUCCGUUAAUGGGAAUAGACGUCUUUUUAGUAUUAAUGUGCAGUGUGUGCCUAUCGAGUCUUUUUGGACAUUUUAUAGUCAAACGUAUUUUGCAAGAGUUACAAGAUGACCAGCUUCUAGAAGACUGGGGUUGUAGGAGGGUUAAUUAUACAAACCUUCUUCCUGACUCUGGACAAUAUGCAAUCAGAUGUUACCGGUGUGUGUGUGUGUGUGUGUGUGUGUGUGUUUUUUUUUUUUUUUUUUUGUUUUUGGCGAACUGCUUUAAAAUUUCUAAAUUUUUGUUAAAUUGUUGACACAGUAUGUCUGUAAAUAUAAAGAGUGUGGACAAAUUCGCCACCGAAAGUUUGGAUUUAGAUAAUCCAUUGUUAACGUACAGAUAAUUUUAUUUAGCAAACCAUAUCAGUCCAUACCAUAAAAGCCCUUCUGUUUAUUUCGUGUUUACAAUCUCCCUGCAUUCCUGUUGUGUCUCAGAUUGCAUGUCAGAAUCUGUAGGUCACCGGGCAAGGUAAUUUUUUACCCAAGACCUUGGCAUUAGUUGGCAUUUUCUGUGGUUCAAAUAUAGUGAAUACAAUUUUUGGAAUCCUGGGCAGCUGAUCACGUUCAACUCAAGGUCUAUAAUUUAAUCUUGAAAGUGAAAGACUUGGGUAGUGCUACGCUACGUGUGACUUAGUAUCUUUUUUUUUUUUUUUUACUUUAUUGCAAAGACUGGAUAUUAAACAUAAUUUAACAACCUAUUUAUCAAGGACAUAGGUAGAAACUAUCCUGUCAAUGCUUCAGGUACAUUCCCCCAUUGUCGUCCUCCUUCAGGUCAAUAAAGUGCUCUUUUGAAAACGUGGGUGGUCUGACUCAACAAGGAGUAUGUAGCUAAUACUAGAUCUGACUCCACCAACGAAUGCUAGUCUUGUACUGAAGAGUUGUAAUAUGGAAGGUUUCAGGAUCGAAAACUAAAAGCAGCAAUGUGUGACCAUGAGAUGUAAAAAAAAAAAAAAAUGGGGAGAGGGGGAAAUGUAAAUUGUUGGGUGCUUUAUUUUUUUUUUUGAAAAAGAACAAUACAAGAGAAGGUGAGAGACAUCAAAAGCAAUGGAAAUGGUAACAUUGUGAGGAAAACUUAGUCUAUCAAAAUAGGAAGGGCUAACAAUAAUGGGAGUGGGGGGAGGUCGGGGAUAACUGUCUGACUGUGACAUUUUACUAAACAUGUCUACGUCUGGUAAAUGCUCAAAAAAUGAUUUUUUUUGUGUGUGUAUCUUAGAUUUUUUUUCUUUUUGUUUUGUUUUGUUUUUCCUUUCUUCUCCUGCUACUAGCCUUGUAAAGAGGAAGAUUCACAAUAAUAUUUCUAAAUAUAAUUUAAAUUUAACCACAAUCUAACAUGUUGAUGUGCUGCUUUCCUGUGGGUGUUUGUUAAUUGGUAGCUCUAUAUAGUUUUUGUUUUUAAUUCUGUGUCUCUGGAUUUACCGUAUAUAUGCGAGUAUAAGUCGAGACCCCUAAUUUUACCCCCAAAAACUGGGAAAACGUAUUGACUCGAGUAUAAGGGUGGGAAAUGCAGAAGCUACUGGUAAAUUUCUAAAUAAAAUUAGACCCCCAAAAAUUAUAUUAAUUGAAUAUUUAUUUACAGUGUGUGUGUAUACAAUGAAUGCAGUGUGUGUGUGUGUGUGUGUGUGUAUAUAAUCCAGUGUGUUUGUAUGAAUGCAGUGUGUGUAUGAGUGCAGAGUGUGUAUGUAAUGCAGAGCCUUGGUGGGGGGGUGGGCAUUUUUAUAAAUUUUUUUAAAUUAUUAUUAAUAUUUUUAUUUUAUUUUAAUGUUAUUAAAUUUUUUAUUUAUAUUUUUUUUCGUCCCCCCUCCCUGCUUGUUAGCUGGCCAGGGAGGGGGCUCUCAUUCCCUGGUGGUACAGUGGUGUGCACUGUGUAGGAGGGGGGCUGGCAGCAAGCUGUUACUUACCUUUCCUGCAGCUCCUUUCUCUCUCCUCCGGGCCGGUCAGCUUCCUUCUCCUCCACUGUAAUUCUUGCGGCCGCGUGGAGCUUUCCCCGCGGCUCUCGCGAGAUUUACAGUGGAGCUGACAGGGGAGCUGACCGGAGGAGAGAAAAGGGAGCUGCAGGAAAGGUAAGUUACAGCUCUCUGCUAGCCUCCAACAGGACCACCGGGCUUGUAAUUAGCCCGGCGGUCCUUGUCUGUAUUAUGGCAAUGUAAGUUGCCAUAAUACAGACAUUAACUCGAAUAUAAGUCGAGUGGGGGUUUUUCAGCACAAAAAAUGUGCUGAAAAACUCGACUUAUACUCGAGUAUAUAAGGUAAGCUCCCACAGUCUAGAAUUGGAUAUAUCUAACUGCUUUCUGAACACAUUCAAUGCUGGACCACUAGGGACCGAGCUAUCGUCUUCUUUGGCGAAGUGGCAACCCCCCCCAAAACAUUGUACAGAAGUGUCAAUCAUUUGGUUGACACGUCCCCAACAAGUUAUGUUUCCCUUUAAUUUAUUAUUUUUGUAGUCUCUGCUGAAAUGUCUGCAGAAAUGUCACGUUAGAGAAAUGUAACCUUUUAUGAGCCAAUGAUGUAAUGAUGCUACAUCAUAACAAAACAGCCUGUAAAAAUUAAACUGGAGGGAUGUUUAGACCUGCAAUUGCACAGUAAUCAGGACACAACCUUUUUAAGGAUCACUUCCCUAAACACCCUACGCUAAGAUGUUAAAAUUUUUGUAUGCGUUAUUAAAAGAUAGUUUAAAAAGUUGAUGGUCAAAUGUGUUUUUGGCUAAUUUAGUAAAUAAUUUAACGACUACUUCACUUGCUAGAACCCAAUUUAAAGUCCUACAAAUCUGAUGACUGUUGACUAACACGUGAGAGCAGGAGAACUCCACCUACAGGGGGUUCUCCUGCUCUUUGGCAGUGUAUGCAUUGUGAUUACUGCUGUUGCCUCCUAGCGAGUGCUUUUCAUGCUUGCCAGAGGACUGUAUGAAGUGUGACUUAUGUAACUCUGUUUCAAAUGGCAUUGUCAUUAGGGAGGGUUGAAUUGUUUGAGUGAAGUGCCCCCAAAUAGUUCCAGUUAUUAUUAAAUCGUGAAUGGGAUGCAGGCAGGACUGGAGGUGGGUGUCUCAGUAGACUAAGUUAAUAGAUAAGCAGGAAUAAUAUUUUAAAAAAUAAAUUAAAUUAUAUGUAUUUUAAUAUUAUUGGCAUUUAUAUAGAUCCAACGCAUUCCACAGUGCUUUACAACAUUCUAAAAGGAGGAAAUGUUAACAAUAAAUGAGACCAUUGCAAAAUGUUACAGGAACAGGUUGAUGAGGAACCUGCUCAAACGAGCUAACAAUUUAUUUCUAUGAUAAGUGAUAACAUCUUUGCCUAAGGGAAAGAGUUCACUUAUAUUGAAUCUGUCAUGACCGGUUUACUGUAAGACAUGAAUGCUCUUUCAAGAUGUAAACUUAAAGAAACACUCUAGGCACCAGAACCACUAUAGCUUAAUGUAGUAGUUCUGGGGCAAAGAGCCUGUAUCUGCAGGCUCGGCAAUGCAAACACUGCCUUUUUUCUAAUAAAUAAAUAAAAAGGCAGUCUUUAUAUUAACGCCACUAAUAGUGGUUGUUACUCUUGACAGCCACUAGAGGGACUGCCUGGCUGAGGCCCUGCAAAUAUACCAACAUUAGGUGUUCUCCACGCUCACAUUGGAGCUAUUGAAUGCUUCCCACAAGUCAAUGCUGCUCUGACUGGCGUAGCAAGGCAAUUGCUGUACAUGCGCACCAGCUGAUGCUGAUUGGCGUAGCAAGGCAAUUGCUGUACCUGCGCACCAGCCUCCCAAUGCUUCCUUGCAAAACUCUAUCACAUGAUUCGAUUGCUCAUAGGAAAGCCUUGAAUGCCAUGCGUUCUUAUGGGGAAACUUGUAUGCUCCCCACGCAUGCGCAUUAGGUCCCAGUACUCCUCUAUGAGAAGCAUUGGAUCAGAUCAUCGCCAGUAGAGGCCAUUUCUCAAAGUUAUUUUCCCUUUAAAUUAAAUAAGAGAUUACAUGCUAUCUUUGGAACUUGGUAUGUUAAGCAGCAAUGACCUCACAUAACGAACACAUUCCUUGCUAAGAUUAAACAUACACAUACUUGGUUUGUAGGGCGUAUUUAUCUUUAAAAGUCAGAAGUGGUGUAUAUUUCGCCAAGGGAUUCAUAAGACUAGCUGUCAUCUUGUUUAUGGGAAUGUCUAUAAUGUUUUGUGUUAUCUUCAGUGUUGGAAAUUCCCACGUCUACUGUUUACUAAAUUACCAGAUGAUUUAAAUGUGUUUUAGAGCUGCCGGAUUAGACAUUUAGAUAAAAAACUAAUUCACACAGAAAAAAUAAACUAUGUUUUUAUAAAAGUGAAUAUAUUUAGCUGAGAAAAUGGCAAAAUAAAAAGGAUAAAAAAAUACACUGUUAAGUGCUGCUAUUCUGCUUUUCUCAAUGUAGAGCUAAUCAGAUACAUCACAUUUUUUCUAAGUUUUUUUCAUAUAAAACAAAACAUACCUUUCAAAAAUCUCCCCCCCGUCGCCCCCUCGCGUGUUAAUGCAAACCCCUAGGUUUCAAUGUAUUCACAACUCAAGACAUCAAAGGGACAGUGUAGGCACUCAGACCACUUCAGCUGAUUGAAGUGGUCUGGGUGCAAUGUCCCAUGUCCCUUAACCCAACAGUGGUAUUUAUUGCAGUUUCUGUCUACCAGACAGCCAGUAGAGGGACUUUCGGAAUCCAAACGGACCUUGGGUCUGUUAUCUGAUGCUGGACGCCCUCACGCUCUGCAUGAGGACUUCCAGCGUCAGAGUUUCCUCAUAGGAAAGCAUUGAUUAAUGCUUUCCUAUAGGGAGAUACUAAUCGCACAUGCACAUUAGGUCUCCCCCCGCCGGCUGACGUCGGUGGGAAGGAGCGUGGGCAGGGCCUAACUCAGCUCUGGAUUCAGGUGAGUGACUGAAGGGGUUUUAACCACUUCAGCCAUGCGGACGUGGUGGCACGAGGGAGGGGGGCACUGUAGGCAGUGCCAAGAAAACAGCUUUGUUGAAAUUAUCAUUGAAUAGACUAUAGUUUGUUCUCUGUACGGGUUGUCAUAAUGUUAUUAUUUUUACAGCCCUGAUGAUCUAAUACAGCAAUUAAUUUUAUUUCCUAAUCAUCCCUUUAAGCCACUGUAUGUAUAUUUGGAUUUAUAUCUCUAAAUCUUAGGGGACUAAAUGCUAUGGAUGUGCAUAUUAAGCAAUCAAACGAUUGUAUUCACUCUUCACAGAAACACAAAGGAAUUGCUGGGGAGGUAGGACUACAAAGCAAUGGUUCCUUUAGCAAUGUCCAAUCUACUCUCCAUGAUCUAGGGGUUAAUUUGGUAUAGCAGCACGGUCUCCUAUGUCCUGUUUGCUGACUGGACCUGCUGGUUUUUGGAUUCUUUCCAGUGGCUGCUAUUAACAUUUGCACAAUGACGAGAACCGAUCGUGUACAUAAUGGACAAUUAUGGUAUGAUAACAAUGUGAUGCUGAGAAUGAUGUCAGACCUGACUGCAUUUAGUUUCUAAAUACCAUCAUGGCUGUCAUCUAAAUAACAUGGCAUGUUAAUACAUAGAAACAAUUAGUGUGAUGAUUUAUCAGUAUUUUAUCUUCUGAAUAAGGGUGCAAAAUACUAAAAGUGGAGCAGUCACCAUGGAAACCAACAGGCACAUUCCAUCGAAGACUCCUGCCCUUUUACCACUUUUUAGAAGGUGUCACAGGCAUGCCAAGUCUCCCAUGUGCCUGCAACUGGCACUAGAAGCGCUCACACCCAUUGUGACAUACAACAUAUGGGUUAAAUUUGCUAAAUCACCAAUUAAAACAAAAUUACGUAACUCUUGCAUUAUAACAGGCCUAUUGUGCUACAGUCACAAGGCUGGGAACUGGCUCCAUUGAGUCCACACCCAGAGGUAGAAUGCAGCAAAAACCUGCUAGAACUAAAUUUGGAUUUUAAAAAUAAUAUAAAGCAAACAGAGCUGAAAAUAAACCUGCUAUUUCUGCUCAGUAGCAGUGGAAAUAAUGUUAUAUUAAAGCUGGAAUUUAUUUGAAGGACGUUUUAAAUUCUUUCUCUGAAACUUUUGUCCACUAAAGAGAUCCAAAAACACUCUGGUUAAGUGGGCAAAUAUUGGUGGCCAGCUACUAACUGCACCAGACGUCUUUCCAUGGAGCUCUGUUCAGGCCCCACGAAAUAGCAACAAAAUCCACAUAUAUACGAGCAAAACCAGCAAAGAGACCCCUGCAGCCCGCAAGAGACACGAUGGGGUGCAAAAACAGUCUCAGUGCCCAGAAGCCCCCAGAUUGCAAGAUAUAAGACUCUCCUUCAAGAGGCCUACACCGGGGCAACUUACCAAGAUGGCGCCGGAGGCCCACAGCAACCCGGAAGCUUCGGAGGACUCCCAGGGGAGAGGAGCCUGCUGACUCUCCGGGACAUGAUGCAAUCUUCCGAAUCUGAAGAAGAUUCUUCCCAUUCGACGAAAGGAGACCUAAAACCACUCCUAAUAGACUUGAGGAAGGUCUGGAAGGCGGACCUACUAAAAGCCCAAACCGAAAUAGGUGUGAUUCACCAUAAGGUGAGAGCAGCAGAGGAGAGAGAGGCUACCAGAGUAAAUCAAAUCCGAGAAGCCAAGAGUCUAAUUGAGGGACUUACCACUCAGGUUCAGCAAUUGAGCCGCACAGUGACCUAGUUGGAGACAAGGCACAGACGCCGUAAUAUUCGUAUAAGGGGCAUCCCAGAAUCAGUAGGAAACGAUAAACUACUGCAAUAAACCCAGUGUCUGAUUACCUCCUAUGGGAGUUAAGGGAUGUACAGAACCCCCACAGAUAACCUCUGCAUUCAGUGUGUGAUAAUCCGCUGCAGCACCCACCAGAGCUAUAGCAGUGAGAGCCACGAACCGCUCCAGGGUUCUUUUAACCAUACGGUACGAAGGAACCACGCUGGCGAUUUAUGGGGACCAUUCAUGGUCCUAGCAGAGAAAAGGAGGCUGGCUCCAGUAGCGAGGAGGCUGCAAGACCAUUCGCUAAAAUACCGCUGGGAGACUGUGCUCGGAGACAGGUACCUUACACUCACUUCAGCAGAGGAUCCGGAGCCUUUCUUCCAGAGACUGGGCAUACCGGCAGUCCCAUGAGACAAAGCGGGCGCGUCGACUGGGAAGACCACAAAACCUGAAUCAGCUUGGGGGCCAGCACCAUCCACUGCAGCUGGAGGAACUGCCCAAUGGCAGUAAACCAGGCUCAGAGGCUCUACGUCUGGCACCCUGCCUGGGCCGGUGCGCAUCUCUGCACACAGCUUCGGACCACAGUCCCACAAAUUGAUUCCAGCCAAAGUGGACUGAUAAACUGACCAUGCUUACUCCAGUCAGCAGGAACGUCUGACAGCCAGGCUCUGGUGCGUGGUUUGCGAAUGAGUUGGAGCCAGGAACGUCAUGAUGUGUUUUUGAAAAAUGACAUAUACUAUCCUAAUAAAACGAUUCAGCUUAAUCCAUAUUUGGCGUUGACUCAUUUUUACGUAAUAUCUAAAUAUCAUUUUCCGUUUCUUUCAUGAUGCUGCCAAACUCCCCUUCCUUUUCAAUUCUUCAGCAUCAGCUGACUCACUGCCCCUUCCAUUGCUUUGUGCAAAUGCCAAGCUCCGACUCAAACCUACAGUGCCUUUUAUGUUCCCACGUCAAACUCUUUUAUUUUUAUUUUUUUAUUUUUUUUAAUUACAUAUCCACAAAUUUCACUUCCCUGUAUAUCUUCAUUUCCUCUCUCUCCUAACCUGCCCACUCUUUAACAGAGUUAUUCACUAGAGUGUGAGGAAUUGGGAAUUCAAAUUUUACACCAGAAUAGCCAAAUAGGAAAAAAUCUCUUUAUCAGAACUGUUCUUAGGUAGACUAUUUUAGCCUGAAAUUUGAUAUUUAGUUUUUAUUCCUGACAAGUCACAUUUUAGGGAGUAACUAUGUAAAAUGCUGCCUUGCUUCAUCAGACUCUCUGUAAUCUAUUGGAGCUUUACAGAUUCUCCGUGAACACCCACCAUUAACCCUCAUGGACCCAUAAUGGUCUACUCCAACAUUGUUAAAGGAACACUAUAGGGUCAGGAACACAAACAUGUAUUCAUGACCCUAUAGUGUUAAAAUCUCCAUCUUACCCAUAAAUAUAGUUUUUAAAAAAAUCAUACCUUUUAUUCCAGUCUGCUGCUAGCUCUACCUCUGAUCUGCCUGCUUGGCUGAUAUCCUCAGAAGGUAUUCUCUCAGCUUUCCCAUUGGAUUGGCUGAGACUGUUAAGGAGGCAGAUCAGGGGCAGAGCCAGCACAAGCCAAACACAGUCCUGGCAAAUCAGCAUCUCCUCCUAGAGAUCCAUUAAAUCAGUGCAUCUCUAUGAGGAAAAUUCAGUGUCUCCAUGCAGAGGAUGGAGACACAGAAUGUCAGUACUGCACAGUGUGCAGCACUGCCACCGGAAGCACCUCUAGUAGCCAUCUGAGUGGCCAGUGGAGUUAUCCCUAGGAUGUAAUGUAAGCACUGCAUUUUCUCUGAGAACACAGUGUUUACUGCACAAAACCUGAAAGGAAGGAUUCUACCAGAACAAAUAAAACACGCUGGUGACUAUAGUGUCCCUUUAAGCUGCCAUGGCUCAAUUUGCAGGGACAAUCAAAGCAUAAUAAUUUUACGCGCAGGACUGAGAUAAUGCCUAUGGCCCUUAAGUAACAUAUUAUUUUGAGGCAAGACCUAUAUAGCAUUAGCUCUACAGCUACUGUUGGUCUGCAAUUCCCAACACUAUCGAAACAAAUAAAAUAUAUGUUGUUGUGCACAAAUAUAGACUUGCUAGUGUUUGUAUUCUCCCACACAUGGGAAUUAAUACUAAAUCUUCUAAACUUGUAGUUGCUUAUCUGGCUAGAAUGAGCAGAGUUUUGUCUCUGUGUGCUGGAACAAAAUUACAUAAAAUAAUGUGCAACUAAUAUAGUGCAUAGUGUAUUGUGUACGUAUUAAAGGAGUUAAAAACCUGCAUCGUUCGCAGAGAGCUGAUUCUCCCGAAAAGUACCAAUAUAAUGAAACGUGAAAUGCUUCUAGGUAUCUUAUGUCUUAGAGGUCCAAAAUGAAAUCUUGGAGGUUGCGGAACCCAUUCCUUGCUCUCUGAGGACCUCUGCAGUCAUCUGUUUUGGACAUUAGAAGAAUAAAUGUGUGAAUUUUCUACUUGUUUCUUAUUAUGAAUUAUUGUUAAACUUUUUUUUUUUUUUUUUUAUACCGGACCUCUCUUCUUGAUCUUCCCUGGACUGGACGUACUGAGAAAUAAUCUGCUCUUUCAUGAGCAGUUAAACCAUGAAAAAUGAUUUUACUAUGAAAAAUGUGUUGUUGUUUUUUUAAAUUUCAUUUCAUUUCAAAUCUUUAACCUUAUUUUUUUUCUUCUUUAAAUAAAAAUGCUUUAAAUGAACAGAUGGUAUACAACGUUCGGAAACCGUUCCCUCCCCCUACGGGGGAUGUUUACCACAAUUUCAAGUCUCUAUAUAUCUUACUGUGCAACAGUAACCUUGUUGGAUCUUACAUGGUUUGGGGAGUUUAAAAAAAAGAUUGCAGCCAACAUGAUGUCUUUUAAGUCAGUCGCUAACAAAGUAUCCUUUACUUCAUUUUAUUUCCUUCUGUAUUUGUCCGAUAACUGUCGGCCAUUGCCCACUCUUGUUCUAAUACUUUAGACUGUGUACAUUUACUUUGUAAAUGCCCCUCAUUGCUAUUCAUUUCAUGUAAUAUAUACUUUUAAUUACGGAACAUUAGAUCUGUACCGUUGACAUGUUAGUAUGUGCAGAAGGUGGGAUGAUGUGUUUAAACACAUUUAGUCUCUGCACUGCAAAUCUUCAAUGCCAACUGUUUUCUUUCCACCUAGUGGUUGUUGUAGUGUAGGUUUAUACAGACUGUGUUUUCCCACUGUAAUAAUAUAAUUUAUAAAAAUGUUAUGGUUUAUUUCAAACACCCAUCUUUACUUACCUUGUAGCCAUUGUAUUGGAACUCUCCUUCCAUUUUUGCAAGGGGGACUUUGGGGGUGAAGCACCAUAUGUAUGAUUCUUAACCCCUUAAGGACCAAACUUCUGGAAUAAAAGGGAAUCCUUAAGGGGUUAAAGGGACACUAGUCACCAGAACAACUACAGCUUAUUUAAUUUGUUCUGGUGAGUAGAAUCAUUACCUUCUGGCUUUUUGCUGUAAACACUGUAUUUUCAGAGAAAAUGCAGUAUUUACAUUACAGCCUAGGGAUACCUCCACUGGCCACUUCUCAGAUGUGCUAGAGGUGCUUCCUGGGGCAGUACUGCACACCCUCUGCUUGGAGAUACUGAACUUUACUCAUAGAGCUGUAUUUAUUCAAUGCAUCUCUAUGAGGAGAUGCUGAUAGGACUUUUUUUUUUGUUUGUUUUUUUUUUUUUUUUUAAAUCUUGUGCUGGCUCUGCCUGAUCUGCCUCCUUGACAGUCUCAGCCUAUCCAAUGGGAAAAUAUUGUGAUUGGCUCAAAAAAAUUACAUCUGAUUAUGUCAAGCAAGCAUGCAGAUCAGGGGCAGAGAGGCAGCAGCUGCAGACUUGAAUAAAAGUAAGAUUUUACUAUAUUUGGGUGAUGAGAGGGGAUCAAGGGGGUCUAGAUGGUGGUUUUAACACUGUAGGGUCCGGAAUAAAUGUUUGUGUUUCUGAUCAUAUAGUAUUGCUUUAAGUCCUGGAUCUCGAGAGGUGGUAAAAGGGCAGGAGGAUUUAUUUUUUUUAUUUAUUUUUUUUACAUCAGGCAGCAUAAAUAAAUAAAAAUCAGAAGUAUAGUGCUCCUGUCUUUUACAUUUAAGUAGUGUUACAAGGAAAAUUUGUAUGGGAUACCUAACAAUGCAACAUGUUAUUUAAUGUAUUUAUUUUAGUUUUUUGUUUUGCAUUGACAUUUCUGCGUGCAUAUUUUGAUAAGGUUUGUGUGGAGAUGUAGGGAUUUUAAUCCUGGGACACUACACUACCCAAGUAAAAAUAAAUAAAUGAAAUCGCCGUUUAGGUGAUAUACCCCCAAUGAAAACAUACAUGCAUUUAAUUAUGUUAUUGGCCUCAAGCCCCAGGUGUUUCUGUAAGCUAGCAACGUCCCUGCCCUACAAUCAGUUAAUUUGUACAAUCAGUGGUUGGGGAAUGUUAGAACCUUUUCUGUAGUCUCUUCCCACAGUGGGUUUGGGGUGAGUCUUGGUAGUACUAGGAAUUCCUUCUUUCGUCAGUGGUGUUUAUCAGAUUGCUUAGCAAUGACUGUCGACUGUACCUAUGCGAAAGAGGAACACUGUGAUGAGAUGACUUGUAUAACCUUCAAAUCCUCUCCCAAGACAAAUCAAUAAUCUCUUUGUACAGUACACAGAAUUAUUUUUUGGGGAAGUGACACAAUUUUCAAGAUGACUAAUCUAUCACUAAAGUUUGAACAUAGCGAAGUGAUGAGGAGUAUUAAAUCUUGGGAAGUUUUGUAACUCGGAAUCUCUUAAUAAUAGACUAGUCAGAACCAAGAAAAACACAUUUUCUGAAAUACAUACAGGAAUGUAGAAAAAAAGAUUACUUAAAAAUAAUAACUUUUGCAAUGAUGCUGAAUUGUCACUGUGCUCAGGGGAUCCUUUAAAAGACUACAGAGCACCAUCCAUACUUUUCACCUGCUCGAUUGCAGAACUGAUUUUGGCUUUCCCAUGCAGUUUGAGACCUCUGCCUCCCAGGGAUUGUGACUUCAUCUUUAUCUCCACCCGCAGAAUCCAAAGACUGGUUUGGUUUUUGACAUGGUUGGGACAGAAGCGGAAUUAGACUGUAUCUAGUAAUUCUAUCAAACAAUGAAGCCGUAUUCGUCUACAGAAAGUGUUUUCAUCUUUAACGAGUAAUAUUCCUUUGUAUAAUGUAAUUACCUAUUGUCUUGUAAGGCGACGUUUACUAGGCGAGUGCUUAUUAAGCAAUUUUAUAGAACUUAUUCCAACAGGUAUGACAUUGUACUCUUUACCAAAGUCACAAUUGCUGUUUGAGAGAUGUAAUAGUGUCAGAUUUAAAGGGACACUUUGGGCACCAUAACUUCAUCACAAUUAAGUUGUUAUAGUGCGAGGAGGACACAAACCGUUAACGGUUAAAGGUUUAACACCAAACCCUGGAUGAUGGUGUCUGUUUUACCGUUUCACUUCCUCUGAUGGUCCAAAGCUUCGGAUCAGGCACCGCAGAUAGGCUUAUAGCGCCAGCAGAUACUGGUUCUCUGUUCACAAAACAAAGUGAAAAAGGUACACGGUACAGAAAGUCUAAAACCGUAUUACAUAAUCCUGAAUCGCUGUGCUUUUGGAGAGUGGCAUUUAAUAUGUAUAUGUAUUUUCUGUAAAAUAGUGUAAUCUGCCAUGGUUUCACCUGUAGUACAAGUGUGUGUAGAAUACAUAGAUAUACUAUGUCCGGCUUCUGAGAAUUUUACAGUCAAAAUAAGAUUAUAUAAUCAUGUUUGUGUUUAUUUCAAAUGAGAGAAGAACGGUUGAGAAGCACUAAAUGGACAAUGAGUGUUCUGUGUAAAGUUAUCAAAGAUCCAUUAAAGUGGGUAACCACUAGCUAAAAGACAUAAGGGGUCUAUUUGUAAGGCAAAAAACAAGCUCAUAAGAUCAUAAUCUUCUCGCACAUCGGUGUUAGAUCGCAAAGUGGCCAAACAAUCUUGCAAAGGAUUGUGGGAAAUACCUAAGUCUGGAACAUGCUAGUCCCUAAAUGACACAACACCCUUCUAAACUGUAGGACUUCGGUGGUGUGGCUAAUACAGAACUGUGAUAAAUUGGCAGCUGCAUUGCAGAAUUCCGACUGAAAUUGCAGCAUUUGUAAAAAUCUGUUUUGUUUUGCUACACAUAAUUGGGUACGGUGUAAACCACAAUCCUCUGUUUUGUAAACAAAGUCUUUAGCCAGAUUUUAAAAAUGUAAUUAUUUUUAGCGGUAUUUUUUGUGUGAUGAAUCAACCUGUAUUAUUUUUUUUGUUUGUUUUUGUAAUUUUAUAUUUUUUAUUGAGAUGAUAGCAUGUUACAAACGCUUAAUAGUACCAGCAUGCAGCUACAUAACGAUAAAAAUCGUAUACAAUAAAUGUCAAAUCCAACUGGCACAUAGAAAACUAAUUUUGUUGAAUAAAAGAAUAGCUGUAGCACAAUUAGUUAUAUGAGGAAACUGUAUAAUUAGCACAUAUACACAGUCUAACCGCCAAAUUAGGGGUACUAUGACUAUCCAUGAACUAUGCCGUUAGACUAAGACAACACUAAAAAUAAAUACAUAAAUUAAAAAAAUCUAAAUGUAAAAUUAGUUUAAAUAUUGUGUUUGACACAAAGUGACGUAUAAACCCUCAGGUAGGCACUCUGUUACAAAGAAAGUUAGUAAACUGCAGUAGGAGAGUCAGGCAAUAGUAGGUCCCAAAAGGAACCUUUGCAAAACAAUACAAUUAUGAAAAUGCAGCCAAAUAAUAAGUAUACAGAAGGCACCCAGUAGAGCCUAUGAUCAGGAGGUUUUUAGUCCCAGUAACUUCAGGUGACAGCCGCAAUCAGAUUAGCACCUGCCGACAUCCUGUGACUCCGCAGGGUAAAACAGCUGUAUGUUGUCCAUGUCCCAAUGUGGUUGUUGGGUUAGACUGCUGCGGCAGUGCGGAUCCUGCAGCAGGUAGGGAAAAGAGGCCACACGCUUCCUACCUUGGGGCACUUCACCAAGCUAAAAUGCUUUAAAUGUACGGAGUAUUCCCUUUAAAUUUUAAACUCAUUUUGAAUUCCUGGCAAUUCUCACUUUUUAGUAAAUAAGCGUCAGUGUUAAAGCGUGUGAAAAUGGUUUAACACUGAACCAUGAGAUGGCAGAGGGAACCCCAGGCACCAUAACUUAAAUGAUAUAAAUUGGCUAUAAUUUGGAGAGUAUCCCAGUUAAAGAUUAAAAUCACCAUCCAUGCACUGUGUGACCAUGCUAAAUAACCCGGUCAACUUCGGAGCAUUAAAUCAAUGGCAUAUAUAGGGUUAACUCGUAAGGUUAGAUUGUGCAGUUAGUGAAGUUUAAUUUUUUUAAAAAAAUGUUUUUAUCUUUGUUUACUUCGGACAGGAGAACUGGAAAAUUUGUAGGCUAGUUUAACUGAAGGAUUAAAUAUAGUUGAUUACAUGCAUGAACUCUAACGAACGACUUAAUUUAAUAAGCUUUUCAAAUGUUUUGAUACUGUUAGAAAACUCUACCAUAUGAUUUAUCUGCAGAAAUCUUCAUUAAAGUCUCUGUGAAUUUUUAUAGAUAGAUCACUUGGAACUUUUAUCUAACAGUAUUGAAUCAAUUAGAAAGAUUAUUAACUUGAGACCUAAAUUAGAAACGGCAAGCGACGUCACAACGAUUUGCAUAGUAUAACGCCUGAAGCUUCUAUGAAAGUGGUGACUGUGGUUUUUCAAGCCUUGAAGUCAGAUUUCCUCCUGCUUUUACUACUUAAAUCUCAUGUGAUAUUUUUUUCCCCUCCCUUUUCUUCACUAAGCGCUAAUGCCAUUUUAAGAACUUAUAUCCAUGUAGGUUGCAAUGGCAAAUUUUGGCACAACGGUUGUUGUGGACCACAUUUCCCAGAAGAUUGCACGACCAUCAUGCAAAAUUGUAAAACAAACAGACUUGGCAACAAGUAUUAGCCAUAACUGAUGUAGAGGAACCAUGAGUAAGGAGGUCUGAUGUCCCUAAAUUCAGUAAUGCUCAACUCUGUGACCACUUAACAUACUUAUUUUUUCUCUGACUUGGCACCGAUUUUCAUUCACUGUGAUUUGUCUUUGGUUUUCUAGCAGUGAAUCAUGUCCAUCACUACCAUAAGAAUAGGGGGGACCUGCAUCCCAUAUCCAGUUCAAAAUUUUCUUACCAUUUCACUGAAUCAUUGCAGGCUGCGUUUCAAAGCAGGAUUAGGGGAAAUAAUCUGACAACUGAAGUCAGCAUAACUCUGUAUUCUCUGAGUUUGCUUCCCAGUUGCGUUGAAUCAUUAAUUAUCCACCUGUCUAUGGAAUGUCUGGUGUUAUUGGCAGCAGCGAUUGUGGUCAAAGAAAUAACGUGUUUUUUUUAUGACUGCCUAGUUUGGAGUUCUGCUGGGAAGAAAAGCAGUUGUUUUUCCUGAUCACAUGCUUGUUAAGCUUAGAGCGGGGAUGGCUAAAACCUAGGUCCACUUCUGUUUUAGGACUACAAUUGUGUCGAUUUGCUAGCCUAAAGAAGGAGUUGCAUUAAACCCUAUAGAGUUGCCACUUUCUUAGUUUGUAAGUUACAUUACUAUUUUAUGCACAUAUGGGUCUGAACUGAAGAGACUUAUAGAAAAGACCCCUAUAUGUAUAAUUUGUGAACGGCCUGUAGCACAAUUUAUAAGGUGGUGUGGGAAGAGCAAGAUCCUCGUUGUGUCCUGUAGCUGUCUGAAGAGACUUGACACAUUAAUGAGUUGUGGGUAAUGUCCUUUUUUAACUUCUUGGAUGGUAAAUAAUUGGUGUCUGAUCUCAUCCUUUUUUUUUUGUGUGUGUCUUUCAGAACGUGCAGGAAAACUGCUGACAGAAUUCGGGAAGAUAUACGAGGAACAAUAUGGAGUCGCACUUUUCAAUAGUGUGCGCUAUGAGAUUGAAGGCAACGGUGGUCCUCAGACGCAACUGCUGCAUCGAAAGGUAGACUAUAAUCUACAUAUUGACCUUUGCAGUCCACGGAGGCAGAUUGGGAGAAGCCCGGGUAUAUCUUUAUCACAUUGUGAUGUGUGGGGUCGUAAUGAUGGUUGGUUAUAGACAGGAGACAAACCUAGGGACAGGGAAUACAGGGUAGUGAGCUUUGUGAGUUACAGAUGAACUAAAAGACGGGUGUUGGGAUAGUAGACUAUAGACAAUAAAGAGGUGGAGGAGAGAGUUGAUCAAGAGUUGGAGAUGAUCAUCCAUUUACUGGGGCAUAGUGAAGGACAUUUUAAAUGGUGGAUCAUUUAUUGGACAAUUACGGGUUAAUUGGAGACCGUGGAACAAGUACAUAUUUAUACUCUUCUCCACAAUGAACCAACGUUUUAUGAAUCCUAUUUGUCUCUUUCUUUUGUAAUAAUUUGGUUUAUUUAUUUUUAACCAUUUUCCUUAGAUUCCUCUAAAAGACCGGGUAAUAUUUUCCGGUAACCUUUUCCAGUACCUGGAUGACACCAAGAAAUGGAGGAACCGCUUCUGUCUUGUUCCUCAUCAUUAUGGCCCAGUGCUAUACGAGAACAAGAUUGUGAGUCUGACACACAACAUUUAAUAGGGGUGGCUGUAAUUGCAGCAAAGAUAUAACUCACCCCUCAUUUCUUUCUGUAACAGGCGUACGAGCGUGGUCUGCAGCCAAGAGCUGGCAUUAACUGUGCUGGGUACAGAGUGCUGACAUCCUUGGAUCAAUAUGCUGAAUUGCUAAAUGCCAGUGUCCCAGGUGUGUGGGUAUAAUAUUUGUGUUGGCUAUUUUUUUUUCUUUUUAUGAGUUCGUAAUGUUCCAUAAACGUAAUGCCUUUUUUUUUUUUGUCCAGGUGGAAAAGUGAAGGCAGGCAGUGGACAGAUGAAAUGUGCGACUCAGUACCCGGUGAUCCUGUGGCACCCAUAUUGCCAGCAUUAUCAGUUCUGUGUAAUGAACGAGCGGGAGCAGGAGAGGUGGAGCGCCGUUUUUCAAGACUGCGUCCGCCAUUGCAAUGAUGGUGAGCACAUCAGAGAGCCAGCAGGGCAAGCAGAACGUUUAGGCAGGAACAUGCAUUGGGGAUUUGGCAAACAAAGUACUAGGCCAGAGUGCAGAGCUGACUGCCAGAGAGGUAGAUGUAUGUGCUGUUAUAGUAAACGGAGUACUAGGAGCAGGUGUGAUUACAGUGAGUAUGCUAUCAGGGAGAUAGCUGGAGGUGUGAUUACUGUGAGUAGAGUAUCUGGGAGAUAGCUGGAGGUGUGAUUACGGUGAGCAGAGUAUCUGGGAGAUAGCUGGAGGUGUGAUUACGGUGAGCAGAGUAUUGGGAGAUAGCUGGAGGUGUGAUUACGGUGAGCAGAGUAUCUGGGAAAUAGCUGGAGGUGUGAUUACGGUGAGCAGAGUAUCUGGGAGAUAGCUGGAGGUGUGAUUACUGUGAGUAGAGUAUCUGGGAGAUAGCUGGAGGUGUGAUUACUGUGAGUAGAGUAUCUGGGAGAUAGCUGGAGGUGUGAUUACGGUGAGCAGAGUAUCUGGGAGAUAGCUGGAGGUGUGAUUACGGUGAGCAGAGUAUUGGGAGAUAGCUGGAGGUGUGAUUACGGUGAGCAGACUAUCGGGGAGAUAGCUGGAGGUGUGAUUAGGGCGGUAGUAGGCAACACUGAUACCAUGAACGAAGUAUCUUGGGAUGAUCAUGCUUUGAGGGUAUGUUGAGCAGAGCACCAGGUAGUAAGCAUGCAGCAAAAUAUAGUGACUUGUUGGCCAAGGUUCCAGGGACGAUGCAGGCAUGCUGUUAUUAUGAGUAGAGUACUAGGGAGGAAGCAGGACAGUAAUGUUAUGGUGAGUAAUGUGCCAGAGAAAUAGCAUGCAGUAAUGAAAUGUCAAACAAAAACAAAACAAAACAAAAACAAAAGGGGUAAUUGGCUCUAGGGAGGGAGCAGGAAAUUCCGCUUACCUGUAGUCUCUGUUCGUGUUUUUGUGUUGCUAUUCAAAGGUAUAGGACUUUAUUUACUUCCUGUUUAAUCCCCUAUCCUACUUUCUACCCGUCUUGUCUCCUAUUACAAUCAUGCUUUCACUGCACUCUGUCGUCUCCCUACUUAUUACCUUUUCUCUGCAUAUCCCUUUUGUCCUCCCGUACGCUCCUCAGACAGCCAGGUCCACACCUACACCUAGACACACACAAUUUCACUUGUAUGGCGCACACCUGCAACAGUUUUUAUUGCAAAAUCCCUGUCUGCAUGAAAAGUGUAGGAGGGGAAACUAAACGUUUCUUUUUAAAGGGAGAUUUGUGAUGUGAAUGGAGAUGGUUACCAGGUGUCCCUUUUAACUCCGACACAUAAAAUGUAUCCUGAACGUCUGUAUUAAUAUUGCUGCUACUUUCUGGAUGCAUUUAUUAUACGUAUUCCUUGUUUAAGUGGAAUCCUCUUCAUUCUCUCCAGAUGGUACAGUAACAGUGCCCUGGCACUGGAAUAGAGUGGGCCUUGCCAGGGCACUUGUGGGAACAUUGGCACAACAAGUAAUUGGAGGGUCUCCAAGGAACAGUAUAAUUUAUCCAUAUUUUUGUAGCUGACUGUAUAGUAGGUGACUCCUCAUCGGGUAAUCUGAUUAACUAUAGCCUCACUAGACCAUUACAUACAAUGCAAUGGCAGAGAGAACAUGGACAAUACGAAGGGUUAAUAAUAAUCAUCAGCCUUAGACUUUGUUCCCAGAGCUGGGAUUUGAUAAAUAGACAAAAUCUGGCAGCUUGUUAUCUGAAAUCUAAAUGCCGCACUUAUUUACUCACACGGCUCCAGAUUUCAUAUAUUUUUACAUCAGACUGUGUGUUGCCUAGCAGCAGAGUCCUAGGAGCAAUCCGUGUGAGGCAUGAACGGCAAAUGGGCCUCGGCAUAUGUGUGCAAAUAUGGGCAUAUCCGCAUACACGCACAUGGUGUGCUGUGUGUUGAAACCGCCGAGCACAGCUACCAAACAAAGUGGAAAGUGUUACAGAGGACAGAUUGUUACUAAGUGGUAAAAGUGCACACUUGAAGAUAAAAACAUUCUAUCUGCAUUCUAGGCAUCCCGGAGGAACCUCGGGUGGAAUCAGCGGCAUUUACCGACUCGGUGCGACUUUACAGACAAGCACGGGAUCAGUAUGGGACUUGGGACAUGCUGUGCGGUAACCAAGUGCAGGUCAGCAUUUUCUCUCUCUCUAAGAGCUACCCCAUCUAGGGUUGCCAAAACUGCCAUGGUUUCCACGACAACAGUAGAAAGAACUGUGCACAAAGUCAGGAAUGUAGUCCAAGGCAGAUUGGAGAAAAACAAUCACAUAGGAGCCUUUAUCUUUAUGCAUACCUUCUUAAUUCCGAUAGGCUGUAAAUCAAUAGGGUUUCCUUGCAGUAUGUAGCAUUCAUGUGCUACGAGAGGGAAAUCAGAUUACCAAUCAAGGAGGAUUCCCAGAAGAACUGCCUGGCUUAACUUGAUUUCCCUCCUGCAGCAUAUGAUUGCUUCAUGAUACAGGGAAGCACUCUUCAUUUGUAGUCCAUCAGUAUGAAGAAAUUGGAUGUGUCCAGAAAAAAAAAAACCCAUGAUGAACCUGGAAUAUUACAGAUUCUAGGUCAGUGGUAGGAAACCUUCAGUACUCAAGUUGUUGUGGACUACAUCUCCCCUGAUGCUUUGACAGCAUUACAGCUGCUGGAGAUGUUGUCCUCAUCUAGAACGCUGUAGGUUGUCUACCCCUGUUCUAGAGUCUCUGUACGCCAUCCUGGAAACCUGUUCACCAUUAAGUUAGUACUAACAGAAUGGUUUAUUUUUUUUUGUGCAGGUCCUUUGUAACCUGGUGAUGGAUGACCUCAUCCCUGAUCUCAAAAAUAUAAUCUGUCCAAAACUGAGGGGGAAACCCCAGGAGAAGCAGAGAGCUUGGCUGAUGGUGAGUCACAAUGUAACAUGCGGGGGACACAGGAAGAGGAUUGUCUUUAAAUAGAGCAUGCAGAACCAACGAGGACACAUGGUGGCCAGAUGAUUCAGUGUGGUUAAAAGUCAGAAGAUUUUCUUUGCUACAGGGUAAAGGUUUUCUAGAGCCAGUCUGUUCACACUUGGGAGGGUUUGAUUCCUCUGGCAGCCUUUUGCUGAUAUCACUGUGUGUUCUUCUUAUCUUGCAAAAGUGCAGCUGAGAUAAGUGUAAGGAAAACACUUCAAUUUACAAGCACUCUCCAUAUAAGAGUCUUAAGAUAGGCUAUGGAAAUGAAAGUACAUGUGACCUAUGAUGCCCCCACAUGCAUGACAUGCCAUCAUGUUUGUUUGUUUUUGCUAUAAGUUUUUAAUAUGCUUGGUGCACCCAGUCUCUAAAUAGUCUUACUUUUCACCCCUCCUAUGCCAGAAGGAAUGCAUGCAAAGAGUCCUUUCGUGCGAGAAAGGUUAAUCUGGACAUUAAAGCAGGGUGUGUGGCAUGUUGACAUUUACAGUUUUGUUCCUGCCAGGAAGGGAUCUAUUAACCCUUAUAUGACAAAAGUGAGAUAAAUCACUGCUACCAUGUCAGCUAUCAUGAAGGGGUUAACAUGUGGCCCUUUGCCUUGCUUACCCUCCAGGCCUCCGGUGGCAAGUAACUUAAGGGACUGACUUGUGUCAGGCUUGAAAUGUUAAGCCAGUUUCAGUGUAUAUAGGUGCAAACUGUACUAGAGUUGGGUCUUUUGAGAUUUCUUCACGUUCCUGCCUUAAAUGUUAAUGUUUCAAUCAGCUGGAUUAACAACACUGUUCUCAAGCUUGGAAGGAUAUUUAGAACGCUCUCCGCUUAAGUUCGUCAUGGUAGUAUCUCCUAGGAAACAUUCUUCAUUGUAAUAGGUAGGAAGGAUAGGUCCUCAGUAAAUGGUCAGUGCAAGGAUUAAUGCUUAGACCGUUAAGUACAGCGUAGACAACAAUAUCUGGAAAGAGCAAUUCUGGGGGAAAAAAAAUGCUUAAAAUAAACCAAACAGCUGCAGUAUUCUAUUGGUUUCCAUGACAACUGCUCUAGUGUUCUAACAUUGUGGGUUAUGAAGAGCUAUGGUGCAAUGUGUUUUAUUUUGCACAAAGGGUGUAUGUAUCUUGCACAACACAUUCUGAUGAUGAGUCACGCUAAAGGACAUAUAAUUAGGCUGUGACAUUUUGACAUUUCUACAUUCCAGGAUUUGACUUCAAACACUCUUACUUGUAGACUAGAGCAUGGCUGUCCAUCUCUAGUCAACAUCAGACACUAUAGGUUGAUGGCAAAUACAUGGAAUCCUGCUACUGAAAUACAAUGUUUAUCGAGGCAAUAAGCACCAUUAUAAACACCACUGAUUGGAGUGAUUAUGGUGUAAAAGUGUGUUGAUGGCAGACUCCAGUUUGUGUCAAACUUUACCCCUCUGCUGGCCCCCUCUCAGGAGGACUAAUGGACUUUUCUGCUUAGGAACUCUUCUUUAUCAGCAGUGAACGCAGGGGACGGCCCCGAGUUAAGAAUUCAAACCAUUCUAAGACGGUUUGAUUACUUAAAACGUGGGAGUCCGGAUAUUACUGGCAUUAAAAGCCACAGGAGGCAGCCAUGUUUAUUUACUACUAGACCUCAGAUCACGCAACAUUUGUAAUUGCAGAGCCUAUGAAGUAAUUUUUAAAAUUUUGUUGCAGAAUAACUAACUAAUUUAAUUUCUUGGUAAGACGGUGAGAAACGCGAUGGCUGUGCUUCCCUGUGAAUUGAUUUAGUUGAUUUAAUUUCUAGAUGUCUUUUACUGAGCUGAAAUGCCCCCUCCCUCCCCCCUAUCCUUGUUUGUUCCUGCACAGAUCACUUGGUACAUCCUGCUUCUCUGAGUACAUAAUUCGCUUGGUAUAUCCUGUUCUCUCUAUGUUUUGCAUUCACAGUUGGCUUGUUAGGCGUAACAUUCUGUCUGCCCUUGCUGUGUGCAGGGUGCCCACUGUGUAUUAGUACACCCUUAUCACUGUACAUGCAUGCAUCUGUAAAACAACAUGGUAUCACAGAGCUCUCUAGGCAGUAAAACCACGCAGUAUAUUAGUGCAUCACAGAGCUCCAUGGCAGUAAAACAGCACCGUGUACAAUUGCGUCAAAGAGCUCCACAGUCUGCCCUUUGAAAGCCACUGCACUCUUACAGAUCUUUCUCUUAUCAAGUUCCUGCAAUGGGUGGGUCAUUUAAAAGUGCUACAAAAAUACAGGCUGAGCUGCCCAAUUGUUUAAGGCAGGAAAACAUGAAAACCAUAUCCUCAAAAUUACGCUCUUUCGUUGAUCCUUCUGGGAAAAGAACUGGUGGUUUGCAAGGCUCCCCCUCGUUUUAUUGUGCUUUCAUUGUAGGGCUAUUCUAAUGGUAAAUUGUACUUCCAUUAGUCAUACAAUGUAAUUAUCAUAAAGCUGCAACUAUGUACUUGUGGCUUCUAUACAGUUUCCAAAAUUGUAUUAUACAUAAAAAUAACUAUAUUUGGAACAUUUUAAUAAAAUAAGCAAAGGCAACAAAAUGUACGAAAAACACCAACCCAGGCCCGCCACAGAUCCUGAAUAACUUAAGUUUUUUUCUUUCUCGAUUUUAUAUUAUGUUUCACAAUUUGUUUGCUUUUUCCUAAUUUGUACAACGUUUACCGUCAGUGACUCGCCUCCUGGCAUAUGAGUGACUGGUCCCUUGCGACAGUAGGGGUAGCCUAGCGGACAUACCUGAAAAGUGGGGUAUAAACGAGAAGAUUGAGAUGGAUGGAUGAGUGAGUGAGUUAAUACACGAGUAGGGACUAGGAAGAUGCCCGGGCUUCGGAAUAUAUGUGGGAAGAAGUUAGAUGCAGUGCCCUUCCAUGUGCUUGGAGUAAAGGCAGUAAUACCGUUUACUGAAUAAGCUAGGCAGUUUCGGAUAUAGGAUGUGCGUGCAUUAUAAUGAUGGAAGUUUUGGACAUGGGAGCCAUAGGAAGAUGGGAACGGACAUGCUAACUCCAGGUGAGCGAGGAGAGUUGUCUGUCAAAAAGAGGGGCAUGGAAGGUGAUAUAUAUCCUAUGCUACCGAUGGAAUAUGUGACCAUGUCUGUUACCUAAUAAUGUGGCUACACUGACCUUGCUGACUCUUGUAAUAGUACCACAUCAAAAAUAAUACAAAACCAUAACCACUUACAACAAAACACUGGAAAGAUAAACUGUAGUGAAAUGACUUUAAUGGCUAAAGAACACGUGCAAUCAAUAAAUUGAGACAAAAGUUAAAUAAGAUAAGUCAAGCCUCUGUUUAAAAAGCAAAUUCACCAAAAAAAAAUCAACAAAAAGUCUGAGCAUUUUAUGUCCCGCCCGGUAAGCUGUUUAGUGUUAGAUGAACAAACUGUUAAUGUUCUUGUGUUUUUGCUUGUAUUUGCCUAGAUUUCCGACACUGUGUAUCGUUUGGUGCACGAGCAGACAAAGCAGUUUUACGAAGCGCUGGGGAAGAAAUGCACAGAGAAGACACCAGAAAUGGAGAGCCAGAUUCGAACUGAUAUGGACCAAAUCAUUUCCUGCAAAGAACACGUAUAUAACAAGAUAAGAGGUACGGGCAGAUACAGAACCUGGAAGGCGGAGGGCCGGUUUAAAAUACUCUGUAACGACUGUAACUGCCCCUUGGACAAAACUACUGAUGGAAAAACACUAUCGACAAAAUAAGGAAUUCCACGUAUUGCUAAAUGUAAUCGUAGAAUGACUGUGGAAAAUCACUGGGAAAAACCAGAAGAUUUUUUCUUUCAGUUAUAAGUGAGGAUCGUCUAGUGGAGGGGAAAAAAAAUAGGAGUUUAUAAUUUAGAUAGUGUCUAGUGUGUGUCUAACUUUCCCCAAAUUUAUGUCUAAUAUACAGAUUUAUUUUUGUCCCCCAAGCUUUUGUAUUGCCAAAGUCUGAGCUGUGUGUGAGGAAUCACGUCCAGUCGCACAUCCCAUCUAUCCUGGAAGCCCUGAUGGUACCCACCAGCCAGGGAUUUUCUGAGGUCCGAGAAACUCUUUUCAGAGAGAUCACCGACAUGAACAUGAAUCUGGUGAACGGGGGAGGAAAAGAGAAGCUUGGAGAGGUAAAAGUUGCUAAAUUGAAGUUUCAGACCCAGGAUCUGUGGUGUACAAUGCUUCGGGUGUUUGGGCGCAGAGGAAGCUUGUGGCUCAAAUUGGGAACUGAAAACUAGAAAGUGAUCACAAUAUAUCAGUGUUCAUAUAAAGAGAUGACCUUGCAUGUGACUAUGUCGUAAAGGGAUUUUCUUUAGUUUGCUAUAGUAUAUGGCCUGGCGGCAAACAUGGGGGACAUAUAUGUACAGAUGCUGUGGAUUACAACUGCCAUCUUUUUGCAUCUGGCUAAAAAUGGUUAUAGUUGCAGUUCAUAUCGAUGUUCGUGUAAAAAUCUGUGUGUAAAUCAUAAUUCCAUCCUUGAGCUUAACGAUGACUAAUGUAUAACACUCCUAUUCAUAUCCAUAACUCCCAUAACCCAAAGCCAAGCUCUAAUGAUUUUGCUCCCUGUAAGCUUUCAACUACAACAACGGAGCCUGGCUUAUAGAAUACUUACUACAGCCCACACCAUCUUAAGCGUUCGUGUUCUCUAAGGCUUCAUUCUACGCCUGUUCAUUUUGAUCUCUAUAUGUUUUGAUUGUCGUAAUGCUAAACAUUAUGAUGUGGAUUACAACAUUAAACAGUCACAGCACAUGGAGUGGAGUGCGAUGAUUGGCUGUUGCAGCCCAUAUAGCUGACGUGGUGGACCUGUUAUGGUGUGCAAUGUUUGGUAGUUCGUGUUUGAACAAGGCAUCAAUAGGCACCUGACACUGCGCUGCUUAAGGGAUAUAGAGGACAACCGAAUAUUUUCCAGAGGAAGACUGUGUAAACAUGUGCUUUUCUUUUUCCUCACCAGCAUAUGGAAAAGAUAUCCCAGCUGGCCUACCACCCAGUGAAGAUGCAGCCUUGCUACGAGAAGAUGGAUCAACUAAAUCUAGAGGGAUUGCAGCAGAGGUUUGACGUAGGAAGUCCAGCUGUCUUUAAACAAAGAGCACAGAUACUCAUGAGAGAGGUAAGGGUCCAGAUUUUAUAAAAAUCACACAAAACAAUCUCAUGGUUUUUUAUCUCUCACUCAAUUACCUGGGAAGAUAAACUAUGGGUUGUCUGGGUAACCUGCUUGCAUAAAUUGUCCCUUUUCUACACUUCACUCACCCAGCAAGCUUUAUCUAGUGUGAUGUUACAUUCUAGUGCAAUUAUGAACCAAUAGUGCCCUCUGCUGGCUAAAAUCUCCAACUGCGAUUUUCACACAGGUUGGCUAUUUUGCCCUCCGUUUUUACAAUUCGGAUUUCAGUUUACAAUUCAUUGGUCAGCGAAUAAAAGCUCUCUGUAAAGCUACAUAAUAACUACACAUAGGCCACCCUUAGUUCGAUGUACAUUGGCUUAAUAUAAUCUUGUUUAGCUGUGUUUUUGGCUGAAAAGUACUUCCUUUGUCAAUUACAUACAGGUGCCCUAUUAACCCCUUAAGGACACAACUCAAAUAACACACAAUUAAAAAGAAAUCCUGACGGGAUAUUUCCGUCAUUUGUCCUUAAAGGGUUGUCCCGUCAUUUGUCCUUAAGGGGUUGCCUGAAGGGACUGUAAAUGGCAGAGGUUGACUUUAAAAUACAAUGGCUUUUUACCAGAUUACAAAAUCAGAGUCUCGGCCUCAUAAUCCAAGCAUUUAUCAAGAUCUAGUGUUUAUUAUUAUAGAGGACUAGGCUAUUAAACAAAACGUCUUGCGGGCAGGGCUUAAAAUUUGAUGUUCUAAAAUACUAGCCGGGCCUAAACCUUAUUAGCCACUGCAGGCAUGGAGAGUACAUGGCAUACUCAUCAGGGCUGAAUUUGUACUUGCCGCAGGCUAGUGAAUGUGUGAAUUCUGAGCCUUGUUAAUGGCUUGUUUGUUCUCAAGGCUGUAUUUUAGUUAAUAUAGUCUCCCUUCAGACUUGUGUAUUAUUUAAGUUCUAGUUGAGGGUGAAUUUACUACCUUACUACAACUGCUGCUCUCGUCUUAGCACUCCUUGUUUGCAGUAAUUUAUUAGGGUGCCGUGUAACAGGGUUAGGCUAUUUGUGCCUCUUUUUCCAUUCGGAUUUAAUUUGAGAAAACCCGCAGUUUAGUUUCAUAAGAAAAUGCUUGGCAAGACCCUAGUCUUUUCUGUAUUUUUCACAGAGGUUUAUGGGAGAUAUGCAGAAACCAAGCAUGUAUGCAAGUGAGCUACUUUCAUUGAAUUCCAGAGUAACAAACACACUUUAUUAGAGAAGUAGCUUAACAGAAGGAUGCUGGAGUUGUGUUUUAUAUGGUAACAUGUUGCAGAGCCUUAUAAGAAAUGAUCUAUAGAUCGGUGGAUAUAUGCAAAGUAGGUCAGAACCUAUUAACUAAUGCUGUACAUGGCGUGCUGGCCUAUUAUCAUUUAUAGAGUAUAUGUGUUCACAAUAGCUGUAGGGGGAUAUGGAAUGGUGUUCAUAAAAAUCCUUGAAUUUAGACAUUUUUAUCAGGAUUAGUUUCUGUGGAGCAAACAAUCUGUUCGUUAAGUCUGAACUCACCCCCCUUAUCUCUCCAGCAAACAGACAACGCAGUCUUCACAUUUGAACAGAUGGUACACCAGGAGCUGAACAAAUCUAAAGGCGAUGAGAACCUAUGUAGAGAUAUCCAACGUAUUCUGGAACGUGUUCUGAAGGUAAGGAAGCAGUUGGAGUUGGCCUCCUCUUUUAUAAAUGUAUAAAUAGCAUAUAACUAGUCCCUUACCAAGUUCUCUUUCCUCUUCUACUCUGUGAAAUAAAGUUUUAUAAAAUAAAUUUUCUUGCAUAUAGUGUAAAGUAGCACUCUAACUCCCACAGUUUCUUCCAUCUAUCAUCCCUUGAGGAUUUAGUUUUGAUUUUUUGGAUCAGGGAUAAAAUUAUAUUUACAAAAAAAACAACUGAAGUGCACAAUAUGCCAAGUGUUUUACCAAUGCUGUUUGUUAAUGUACGCCAACUAACUUUUGCAGAAAUACGACUAUGACAGUAGCAGUGUUCGAAAGAAGUUCUUUCAGGAAGCGUUACUGCAGAUCAUUAUCCCAUUCCUCCUGAAGAAGCUGGCGCCCACGUGUAAAUCGGUGAGGAAACAUUUUGUAUAAGAAGGGGGGUGGGGGGUGGGGGGGGUGAAUGGGGAGAGAUGCUCUUACAAUGGCAAAAGGGAAUAUGGUAGUAGUUAGCAUGCUAAGGUGAUCUUACAUUACUGAUCUAUUCUACUGAGUUAAACACAGUCCCCAUGAUGUUCAAACAUCCUUACUGGCUGGGGAUUAGGAAAACUGCCGAAACAUUAAGAGUGCCAUGAUUAAUGGUCUCUGGAAUAGGUAAAUAGACAUGGCAGAAUAUGGUAGGUUUAGUGGUAUGGGUGCCGUACACCUAUAUUCACCCAACCAGUUGCCGUGAACAUUCUCAAAUACUUACAUUUCAAUCUGUAAAUUAUUUCUGUACGUAAUAUGAUAGAUUAUGGAAUACUGCAGUAUCUCACCAUUGUUUUUGUUUUAGUCGGCUAAUCGUAAUUUGCAAAGUUUUGGUUGUUUUUUUUUAAGCAUUUGUGUAUUUAACCGAAACAGGAAGGAAGGUGGCAAAACGUUUAAUCUCAAAGUAGUAUUAGUUCGAUUAAAAAAAAAAAAAGUAUGACAAGAUGCUGCAGUACACUAUGAUUUUGUAGUUGCAUUAUUGAACUAAUGUAGCUUCCUCUAUUUUAACGAAAACAUUAAGAAUAUAGAAUAGAAUCCGAUCUAGGAGUCAUAACCAUGUGCCUCAUUCCAUUUGAGAGCUCACUUUAAUUACGAAUGCUCAGACCACUCACAGUUGCGUUAACCAGAGUCCACUCAGGUGCAGUCUUCAGAAGUAAAAGGGGAUAAGGAAAUAGCAGGUACCGAAAGGUUUUUCAAUGAAUUAAUUUGUUAGAUUUUCCUGGACCUUGAAUCUGUCCACUUUAUAUUCAUGUUACCAGGAGCUGCCACGUUAUCAGGAACUCAUAUUUGAGGAGCUCUCGCGAUUUGUUCUGGUGGAGAACACUUACGAAGAGGUUGUGUUACAGACUGUGAUGAGAGAUAUUGUGCAGGGUGAGUAUGGUGAAUACAAACUAUUUAACAUUUAGUGGUGGGUGCAUGUCGGUCAGGCCACUUGUUAAUUUGCCAACUCUGGUUUUCUACUCUUGCAGCGGUUAAGGAGGCUGCCAUUCAGCGGAAACACAACUUAUACCGGGACAGUAUAGUGAUGCACAACAGCGAUCCAAACCUACACUUACUGGGGGAUGAGCCAUCGGUCGACUGGAGUGAACAGUAUGCCAAUCCUAAUGAAUCCUCAAGUGGAGGUAGACAUGGAAGGGCGCGACAGGUGGUGUCUCUCAUCCAGGAAGACGAGGACCCGGAUUAUCCGGCGUCCUGCCAGGAACCACCUGCAAACGCAGUUAUCCCUGAAGAGCCAGAGUCCAGCGAUGUUACCCAAAUCCGAGGUAUGCUUGUGAAAGAGUUUGAUGUGGAAGUUCCAGUUAAGGAUACUCAUGCUGAAGAAAUACCAGAAAAACCCAUUUUGGAGGAAGAGCCUGUGCACAUUACACAGAUACAACAAGAACAGUCAAGACCUGUACACGAAGACAGGUCCAAAGGAGUGGAAGUUACAAAUGAAGAAAAUGUAUUACAAGGAAGACCGAUGGCUGAGGAAUUGGCACAUAGUGACCUAAGGACAGAAAAUGAAGGGGUGACACAAACCAGCACACAGGAGAAACAUAGUACAAUAGAGGUUCAAGAAGAUAUUAUCCAUGAUCACCAUGAUGGGGCAGACUAUUUGACAUCCAGUGACCAAGACGUUGCACAUGAUAGACAUGAAAUGGCUGACGAUGUGGCUUAUGAUGACCCAGAUGUUGCACAUUAUGUUCAAGAGGUGGCACGAGAAGCUGUGGCACACUACGUCCAGGAAGUUGCACGUGGAGAGCAAGAGUUGGCACAAAAAUAUAUUGUGCAUGAUGAUCAAAAGUUGGUGCUAGAUCAUCCACCGCAUAAGCCUGACGACUUACCAGAAGAGAAUUCAUCUGAAGAACCAUCCAGCACACAUCUCCCUUCAGUUCUGCCAUGUGAGAUGCCAAAGGAUGAAACGGCCAGCACGGUUUUCCCUCCAGAAACAGAGAACCAGUCUUUCCAUGCACAAGAGCUCAAGUCCACACCAGAUGACAGUGGGUUUCAGUCUCCGAUGAGUGAGGAGGACGAAGAAGGAGAAGGUUAUAGGGAAAUUCCAGUGCCUGCACCACGGAAAAGAGAUGAAAUAAUCACUCCAUUCUGAACUCCUCAAACUUGAGACUGGUUCACAGUUGGAGACAAGGGGUGGAGGAGCAUAUAAUGAACUCCUGUGGAGGGCACAAGCACAGCUAGACUCUCCAUCCCUUGGCACAAAACUAUUUAAAUGCUUUGAGCUCUGCUAGACUUUUCUGCUACGACAGGGUUGAAAACGUGUGAACGCUGCACACAUUCCUUACUGUUGAAUAUUUACAACAUUCCACACGGCUUUGCAGAAACAUUCCCAGGGUUAUUUCCUAAAGUUUAAAUUGUCUGGAAUCCAAAGCAAAUAUCAAAAUUUAGGCCAGAAUACUUAAUAAAAAAAAAAAAAAGGAAAUCUAUUUAAUCUAUUUUGGCUUAAAAGUUACAAUUCAACGAAUACCAGAUAAUUCCCACUUUAGUGAAUAACCCUUUCUACGUCAGAUCAGACCCACGGUCACCACAUAUCAAUCAAUCAUGAGCAAGUUUUGCUCUCGACAUCUAAUUUAUCCAAUCUCUGUAUCUGGCUAAAGCUAGUGCUUCCAGUUUGACUAGCACAGUCUGUCAGUUUGCUUAGCUUAUAUACCAUUAGUCAUCUCCCGUUACUGCCACCUACCCUUUAAGAUGUGUCACUGCACAAGUAUUCUGUUCCUGCUGUGCCUCACCUGUAUAUCACACCCAAUCUACAGUAAGUGCAUAAAACAGAAAAAAAACACUAACCAAAACAUACACUAGCUUCACAAUAUUUUUGAUUUGGAUAGAGAGAGAACUGUUCUCAUAUUUGUGUCUGUGACACCUACCUUUAGGGACUUCUUCUGUAUAAAUAUGUCAAAGUACCACCCUUUGUGACCAAGCUAUUGAACAUGUAAGAUAGGCCUGUAUAUGAGUGUUACAUAGAUGGACUACAAAGAAUAUCCUUGUUUGUAUGAGAGAUGUCCUUGAGUAGGUGUUAUCAUACUUUAUAUACCAAUUUGUGUGUUUGUAACACUGCCCUACAAAGCCCCACACAGUUUGAACUGUAUUUUGUUUGACUGCAAAUACUACAGAUUGUGUAAUGUACUAUUUUCACGUCACCUGUUGUGGGCUAUUUUUCCCCAUUCGUGUCCAGUUGUAACACACACUAGGCAUUAUGGGUAAUGUAGGCCAGAACUGCUGGAGUGUCUCUGAUCCACAUUCCACGCCCAGCCCCUUUCAAACCAAGCAGUGCCUUUUUAUUCCGUAACCAGAUCUACUUAAUUCCAAAAUAUAUUUUAUUAAAACUUAAAAACGUCUAAAAUAAAAAAGCUUUUAAUUAUAAUAAAUAAACUUUAUUAUAAGAAAAUGAAGUGUCACACGUUUUCUGUUUUGUAGCUCUUGAACAUAUUACAGUAACAGUCCUAGUUAUCCCAAGUGAUUUUUCCUGCUAAUGCAGAAUGCCCAGGUCCAUUUUGGGAGUCUUGAAAAGACUUGCUUAUUAAAAACGUUAAUGAUUUUAUCUGAGAAUUUAUACAAGCAAGACACUCCGGAUUGGUUUGGACAUCUGCUUGCAAGAUGCUCAUUAAUACUUAAGUACAUAUUUUUAUUUAACACCAGCAAAUACAGUAUACGGCAGCACUUGCUAAACCUUGCACCCCAAAUGUUCGUUAAGUCUAUAGGCCAGUGUAUAGAACUACAACUUUGACAGUUUACCUUAAUUCUGGCAAAGCAUUACUGGUGCUGCAGUUUUACAAUAACUUGGAAUUAAAGAGUCAUACGCAGUCUUGGGUGUGUGUGUGGGGAGGGGGGGUGCCUUAAACAACUAGUGUGGGGCCUAUUACUUGAUCCAUACGGGAAAUAAAAAUGGUCAGAAAGCUGGGUACAGAAGAAAAACUUAAGCUUUGAUUUCACUUUAAAAAAGGACCACUGCAUCAUUUAAAAAAGCAAAAAAAAAAAAAAAGACUAAUUAAUAGAUAUACUCCCAAUAAAUACUUGCAUGCAUGUAUUCACUGUGGUCAUAUAUUUAAAGAGCUUGCAAAAGCUGCAGUCUCUUCUCCAGGAAAUAACCUAUCACAGUCUACUCACUGGGGAGCCGCUGAAGCAAUUAAUCCGCGUGCACACAGUGUUCCAAAAGAACACUCGCUAAUCUGAUGUCUGAGAUGUGGGAUGCGAGUAGAGCUCACCUGCCAUUUCUGAUAGCUGAGGGGGAGCUAACCGAAGUAGGAAGCAAAAUAUCCCUAGCUUUUUGACAGAUGCAGAGGGGUUUCAUCUUUAAUCAUUUAAGAGCCAACUUCUCAUAGAAACCAGCACCUUUAAAAUACUGAAGCUAUUUAUGUAUGUGGAGUGGCCCUUUAAGAAUAAACCAAACACAAAUAUUCUAAAAUAAGACUUAUUAACUUUAAAAUACAUUUAAUACAAACCUUAAUAAAUUUACAUUCAGUACAAUAUUAAAAAAAACCACCAUGCUGGGUUAACGUUUCCAUAUGUUGUUCUGAUCAGCAAUUUGAUCCCUCACCUCUAAGCCAUCUUGCUGUCUGCAAAAAAUUUUAUUAAAAUAAUUUUAACUUUCUGAACUGUUUUAAAGAAACAAAACAUUAAACCCAACAUACAGACCCCUUUUGAUGUUUAGAUUUGAUUAAUUACAGGGCCCACAGUAGGCAGCACAUUAGGGAUCCAGUUCUAGACUUGGCAAUUUUAUAUGUAGUCUGUUAAUUUAAAGGAGAGACCUACGUAUUGUAAUUGGAGUUAUCACAAUAGGAAGAGCAAUAAGGCACCUGCCACCAUCAGGUGGCCAGAGGAGACACAAACUCCAGAUCAGUGCAGCGGUCUCUAGACAAUAGGUGGAGAUAAUGGUUGCAGGAAGACCAGGAGAAGCACGAGUGUCAAAGUAAAACAUCUUCACAGACUAGGAAGAACAAGCCACCACCAAUGCAGCACUUAUGGUGAGACCGAAUGAGAAUAUUCAAUAAGAAUAUCACUACUGAGCUUCAUCUGUUGAAGUGUAAAAUCCUUCAUCUUAUAGGUAGCAGGGUUUGGGGUAUUUAGAGAGGAGGGGGAAUGCCACGUAGUAACCUAGGGCAGAUCCAAUGAUGACGGACAGAAAGAUGGCAGCGUUGUACGACAUUACACAUAGCAUGAUCAUGUAUCCAAGAACAACUUGAGCUGUGUGAAGCAGGGUAACAAAGCCAUGAAGAAGCCACCACCUGUGAGCAGAGAGAAAACAGGAUAAUAAGGAUUAGGCAGUAUACCCCAGCAACGUAACAUGCUCCUAUUCAAAGACAUGGUAGGGGAGACUAGUUCUAUGCUACCCUGGCCAGGUGUUUAUGAACAAUUAUCAUGCUUGCCAACUUGGCAUAGACCCACAGUGUAUGCAAAGAAAUAACACAGAAAAGACCAAAGGGCUUAAAGGAACACUAUAGUGCCACGAAAACAAACUCGUUUACCUGGCACUAUAGGGUUAUUAGGUUCUCCCUCGGAGCCCCCCUUCACCACUUACCUUAAUCCAGUGCAGGGCUCCCUCUGUGCUGGUGACCUCUCCUCCCCCUGCCGACGUCCGCUCCGAAUGCGCGGCCUGAGCUGCGUGUGCAUUCAAACCGCCCUUUGGAAAGCAUUACUCAGAUCAAUGCAAUUUCACAUUGAGGAUCGCAGAAGCGGUCUUUCGUGGCUGUCAAGAAGACAGCCACUAGAAGCUGGAUUAACCCUCAAUGUUUCAGCUGCAGGGUUAAAACUAGGGGGGCCUGGCACUCAGACCACUUAAUUGAGCUUAAGUGGUCUGGGUGCCUAUAGUGGUCCUUUAAGGUUGGUUGACAAAAUUCCACCUCAGCAUGUUUGAGGGUGCUAAUGACAAUGUGGCUAGAUAUCUUUCAAAAUGAAAUAUAAAUGAGGACCAUUGAAUUGGUUCUCCUGUAACUGCACUCCAGACCAGGAAGUGGUUGUAACCAAUGAGCACCCCUCCAUCUCUUCAUCCAAAAUAUACCUGCCCAGCAAAUGACGUAGGAUAUAUAGUUCAGCACUAAGCAAUUUGCACUUAUUCAUUAAAAUGAAUGGAAUCACGAUUUUAAGAAAAACUGUGGCUUAUAAUACCUUUACAUGAAGCACUAUUCUCAUUGGAACUUGAUUUGUAGCAUAAUCUCUCACAUAGAAGGCUAUGAAGGUGGCUUGUCAAAGGUAACGGGAAGUUGUGUUAAAAAUAUACCAUACAAGUAAUUGAACUUGCUGCCCCCAAAAGCCUUCUAAACCAGUCUGGAAAAGCAUUACUGGUGCUACAGUUUUACAAAAUAUAGGGUUAUACCGUUUGACUGUACUUAUAGGGUGGCUGCUUACAAUAGCUUGUGAUUAAAGAGAGAGCAGUCAUACGCCGUCUGGAGGGGGUGCCUUAAACCACUAGUGUGAGGCCUAUUACUUGACCCAUACAACAAAAACUGGUCAGAAAGCUGGGUGUGGGAGAAAAUAAACUUAAGCUUUGAUUUCACUUAAAAAACAAAACAAAAAAAAAAACACUCCAUCAUUUAAAAAAAAGCAGAAAACCCCCACUAAUAUAUAUACUCCCAAUGAAUACUUACAUGCAUGUAUUCAUAGAAACAUAGAAUGUGACGGCAGAUAAGAACCAUUCGGCCCAUCUAGUCUGCCCAAUUUUCUAAAUACUUUCAUUAGUCCCUGGCCUUAUCUUAUAGUUAGGAUAGCCUUAUGCCUAUCCCACGCAUGCUUAAACUCCUUUACUGUGUUAACCUCUACCACUUCAGCUGGAAGGCUAUUCCAUGCAUCCACUACCCUCUCAGUAAAGUAAUACUUCCUGAUAUUAUUUUUAAACCUUUGUCCCUCUAAUUUAAGACUAUGUCCUCUUGUUGUGGUAGUUUUUCUUGUUUUAAAUAUGGUCUCCUCCUUUACUGUGUUGAUUCCCUUUAUGUAUUUAAAUGUUUCUAUCAUAUCCCCCUGUCUCGUCUUUCCUCCAAGCUAAGUAUUCACUGUGGUCAUAUAAAUGUCACAAAUGUAAAGGUUUGAGGUUAACAAAAUGUUUCAGAUAUUAAAUCUAUUUCACGCUUCUGGCAUUUACAGUCUUAAAGGAAUGCUCCAAGCACCAUUUACCAGUGGUUAAACCAGAGGUCCACCGGGUGCUUCUCCGAGACUCUAAAAGAGCUGUAAGCAAAUACCAGCUGUGCAGCUCAUCGGCUGAGAGUGAUCGGCUGACAUUCUCAGCCAGUGAGCAGGCCGAGCAUUGCAAGUCUUAGCUCAGGAAAGGUGCUGGAUGUUCCUAGCACUUCAUAGCGGGACAGGAGAGAGAGAGAAAUUGGUGCCCAGUGGCCACAGGUAUUGGCAAACAGUUUAACUACUUACAUGGUGGAACCAGCUAUAAUUAAUUAGGGGUUUGGAUUGUUCCUUUAAAAGUGCCACAAUUUGCAAACAGCUGAAAUUACUUAUACGGCACUAAAUCUGUCCCCCGUGAGCUCCGCCAUUUUCUUACGCAACUCCUCGCACUUCAUCCCCCAGGAACUGUAUCAUUGCUGUACACAGGGCGUCGAACGCCAUCAGCCUACCACCAGCUGCCAAGGCAAACCUUCAUGGAGGACCAACUUCAGGUUUAAAACCAAACAGUUUAUGCCCUGAGGGUUAGGCAGUGCCUGCGUGAUGUUAUUAAUAUAGUGCCAACAAAUUCCGCAGGGCUUUAAUUCAGAUAAAAUGAUUUCUCUAAAUAAUACACAUUCCAUUUUUCUAAAGUAUUAUCAUAUUUUACACGGAAAACGGAGAACACCAGUUGGAAUGGCUAUGAUGGAUGUGGUUCCAUCCCAGACACUAGUGGUCAUGCAACUCUACACCUCGAAUUCUGGGAGCAGACAAUAAGCUUUGUUAAGGUCAUGCGAUUAAUGUAUGCAAUUUGAAUAAGUAAUGUUAUAGGGUCUCUCCAAAGAACUAAAGCUCGUCUGUCC